AUGGUGCGCGGCGGCGACAGAGGGCCACUUCCGGGGCGCGGCGGCCGACGGGAAGCGCGGUCCCUUCCCUUCGCGCCCUCCCUCCCGUCGCAUUGCACAGCCCCCCUCGGCGGGACUCGGGCUCCCAGGCUGCCCCGCGCUCGGCGCUUGAAGGCUCCUGCGGAGGAUUGUUAUUGUGGCGGCCCGGCCCCCCUGGGCUCCUCUCAGUGUUUAAAGAUGGCGGCGGCGGCGGCUUCGGCGGGAGGCGGCGGCGGUAGCAGCGGCGGCUCGUCCGGGGCCUCGCAGGCGCGGGGCCGCUUCCCGGCCGGCCCGGCGGGUGCCGCGCGCGGGGCGCAGGGGCCGGCAGCCGCGCGAGGGUCUCGCUGCUGGCGCCGCGCCUGCUGGUCUGGGCCGCUCCUGGGGACGGGGAGCGGGCCGCGACGGACACCACCCUGGGGAUCCUCCUGGGCCUCAGCCGGAGCUGGCGCCGCCUGCAGGGCCUGCUGGGGGACAGCAGCAGCAGCAGCAGCGGAGGCGGCAGCAGCGGGGGCGAAGAGGAGCCGGUGAGAUUCCCUGCAGCUGGUGGGGCUGGGAGGCCGGGGCCCCGUCUUGACAGGGGGCGCGGGAGGCGCUGCGGAAGCCCACGCACCCCGUGGGGUGCGGUCGCGCCGAGUGCACCCGCGCGAUGGUGCUCAGCUGUUCAAGGGGGGGGGGGCGCAGACGCACUGGAGGAGUCCUCUUCUCUGGCAAGACCUGGGUUUGGACCGCAUUGCUUUUUCGCUCCCUUCAUCGAUGCAUUUCUUCAACAGGAGCGCGUGUUCUUGGUUGGUUUAGUUUCUUAAUUGUAGUGGGGGGUGGGGGGCUUGUUGUGGCUGAUGCGAACCCUGCCACAGAGCUCACCUGCAAAGUAGGGCAGGAUCCCUGGAGUUUGCGCCCCUCCUCCUCUCCUUUCUCCUGCUUCCUGGGCUGCAGGCUGGAAGCUGGCCUUAAAUCCCAUGCUUGUGCUUCCUGGGCUGAGCUUAGAUGCUCUUCACACACCCCCCACAGGAAAUGGGCUUUGGGGGUGUGUGCGUGAGGGUAGUGCUGGUGGGUGGGAGUCUAGCUGGCUUGUGAGGAUGAGCUGGGCCUCCUUGCAGGGGAGAUAAGUUCGUCUCCUGGCACAUGGUGACCCUGCGACGGCCCACUGGCAGUGUGGGAUUUGAGGCUGCAGUCAUGUCCAGGAGCAAGUCCUGUUUAGCACAGAAGGGGUGCUUCUGUGUCAACAGACCUGGACGAUAAGGGGAUGUGGGGGAUCAGCUUUGUUCAGCUGUCAGGAUCAGCUUCUCCUUUAUGCAGGCUGUGCCUCCCAUUUUGGAUUGCUGCAUGCAACACUUUUAUCAGGUAGCCAUGGUGAACAGAUGCUGCCCUCCUUGGGGGGAGAAACAGAGGAGGGAUUGCCUUUGAGCUUCCCUGUUGUUUGCACACAGCUUCUUCAAUAGGUGCUUUCAAACUUAAGGCGGUUUGGGCAGAAUGGCCCUGUCUCUGGCUAGGCAGGGGUGUGGUGCGAUCAGACAUAUGGGGCUUUUGUUCCUACCUUGGUCCUUGAAAGCAGAAAGCUGACAGCGCUUAGUCACCUGCUCUGCUGUCUCCUCCCUGCUCCUGUAGCAUUAGACACAUGGGAGAAACUAGCCUAACCAGGGAUGGCCUUCUCAAUACAGAGAUUCUUCCAGCAAUUUGGGAAAAUAACUUCACUCUUCGAAGGUUUCAAGCUGCAUAGAGGUAAAUUGUUGCUGUUCACCAGGGAACAAGGGGAAUCAAUAUGACGGUGAUGGAAGGCUUGUGUUGGAAGAAUGGAUCUUGGGGUUUUCUAAGGUGGGGAGGAUGGGUGUUUGGGUGACUUUCGAGUCCCCGGAGAAAUAUGCUAGAAAGGAUUGUAAAGAAAUGUCAAGAAAGGAAGCAGUUAUGACUGAGCUGGGCUGCUGCUUGUCUUUAACUAUUGUACACCUAUCUCAGCUGAUUGCAAAUGAGAGUUAAAAGUUAAUCUCUUGAAAUCUUGCUGCAGUGCAACAUGGGACACAAACAUUUAGUAGAGGCUGAGAGUGAAACUGAGGUAAGGGACAAGUUAUCGGCUGACUGACUAGCUGGUAUCUGGGCUUUAUUUAAGAAACGAUUAUGUUUUGAGUUUUGUUCUUCUCUUAGUAGUUAACCAAAUUUCAGACGCUGGUUUUCUCUUGAAGGAUUUCAAUUUCUGCUUUGGAAGAUUUGCAUCCUAUAGGUCUGACUACCUCUGCCACCAAUGGGAAAAGCCUAGCUUCCAGAAUUCAGUGUCUUUGGCCUGGAUGAAGUUGCCAAUGACUACCUGUUGUUUCGUAACUGUGAAAGUGAUGCCGUUUAUGUAUAUUGCUAGCACAUGGGGUGGUUCCUUCAAGAAAAGCACUGGCAUUGCAAUGGGGUGAUCUGUUCUGUGUUCCCAGGCGUGUAUCCAUACUCGUUUAUGUUAGAAUCAUAGAAUCAUAGAGUUGGAAGAGACCACAAGGGCCAUCGAGUCCAACCCCCUGCCAAGCAGGAAACACCAUCAGAGCACUCCUGACAUAUGGUUGUCAAGCCUCUGCUUAAAGACCUCCAAAGAAGGAGACUCUACCACACUCCUUGGCAGCAAAUUCCACUGUCGAACAGCUCUUACUGUCAGGAAGUUCUUCCUAAUGUUUAGGUGGAAUCUUCUUUCUUGUAGUUUGGAUCCAUUGCUCCGUGUCCGCUUCUCUGGAGCAGCAGAAAACAACCUUUCUCCCUCCUCUAUGUGACAUCCUUUUAUAUAUUUGAACAUGGCUAUCAUAUCACCCCUUAACCUCCUCUUCUCCAGGCUAAACAUGCCCAGCUCCCUUAGCCGUUCCUCAUAAGGCAUCGUUUCCAGGCCUUUGACCAUUUUGGUUGCCCUCCUCUGGACACGUUCCAGUUUGUCAGUGUCCUUCUUGAACUGUGGUGCCCAGAACUGGACACAGUACUCCAGGUGAGGUCUGACCAGAGCAGAAUACAGUGGCACUAUUACUUCCCUUGAUCUAGAUGCUAUACUCCUAGUCAUGCAGCCCAGAAUUGCAUUGGCUUUUUUAGCUGCCACGUCACACUGUUGGCUCAAGUCAAGUUUGUGGUCAACCAAGACUCCUAGAUCCUUUUCACAUGUACUGCUCUCAAGCCAUGUACUGCUCUGUGUGUCCUGGGACAGCUGUUUAGGUGUGCCUCAUUUCAGGUACAGUACAAACAAAUUGCCAGUGCUUGGUCUGAGAGUCUGUUCAGUCUAUGAUUUAUGGAAUAGCAUAAGAAAGCAGGAAGACUUAUUUGUGGUAGCUGCAAGUUUUUUCUUUGCCCUCAGUUGGAAAAUCUGCUGGGUGGUGGUAGGGAGCUUGAUCAAAUCUCUGUAUUAAAACAAAAUACAAGUAUAUUUCAACAUAGAGAACUUUGGUAUUUGGCAGCAGUGAUGGGGGCAGUUUCAAGCCUUACCUAUUCCCUGGCAUGUCUUGUACAUGUUAGGACUCUCUUUUUUUUGGUGUAUGAAGAAGCAUUCUGUCAUGUGAACCCCCAUCUGCUCUAUGAAGUGUCCACUGUAGAUGGAAGUGUAUUCACACUGUGAUCACAUCUUACAUCAGGGUUCGGUUGCAAGGGUUCUGUGUAUACAUAAAAAUUACACAUACCCAAACCCUUGGAGCCACCUUGCGGCUACUGGGUGAUGGGAAAAGAGAAAUAACCCUCCCUGCCCCAGUACUCUCAUAGCUCGCACACCAAACAGGCCUUGCCUCGCAAGCAAGGCAGAGGUCUUAAAAGCUAUUUUUUCACACUGGGUUACCCCCAGCGGACCCAGUUCCAAAGAGCUUUUAACUUUCCACCUUGCUUGGAUUUAACUUGUGCAAUUUCAGCUAUCUAUCUUCAACCAUGUAUGGUUGAAAUUGUGCAAGUUAAAUGCAUGUAAUAUGUGAUUGUACUGUGCUUUAUCUAUUCAGUUUAUAUUCUGUCCUUCCAAAGGAGCCCACCACCUUUGUUUUGUAAGCAUCUCGUCUGACUAGACCUUUGCAGAUUGUCUCCUUUCUGUUGUUCAAGGGAAAGCCCAGGAUGGGUAUUUUUAGAUGGCAGAUUUUGGUCCCCACGUAAAUUAAAAAUUAUGCAGGUGCCUAGCAGUUAGUUUUCCAGAAGAUGCAAAAAGGACCAGUUUUGAAAGCGCCCUAAGCUAAGAGGUUUGAGAACUAUUUGGCACAAAUUGGGCUUCUUAGGGUGAGAUGGCCUAUUUUCUAGGAAGACUUGGAAUGUUUGUAGGAGAAGGGAAGAGGGCUACUCAAGGUAAGAAAGCUUCUGCUUGACCUGCCCUUAGCACUAGAAACUUGGCACACAAGGACAACUAGUGACUAGAGAUGCAUGUUUUGACACCUUGAUAGAUUUUGACUGGGUGGGCAGAAUAUACUGGAAUGCCAUCACCUUGGCAGGGAGUGACUUCAGCCUGUGGAAAGAGGGCUUGGUGAAAUCACUUGGGUAAUCAGCUUUCCUUGUGAUUAAAUCCAUCUCUUGCUAGUGGCUGUUGCUGUCUUUGGUCAACAUAGGGAACCUCCAGAUGUUGCUGCAUUUGCACUUCUGUCAACCACAGCCAGCAUGCCCAAUGGCUAGGUUAUGAUGGAAGUUGUAGCACAGCAACCUGUGGAGGGCCACAGGUUGCCACCCCUGACAUAGGCACUGGAAACUGAUAUGUGGUUCUCAGCACUUGUUGGGCUACACAGUUUGGGUUCAUCCAUAGAAAAAGCAUUGAUGGCAUUGUAAGGUUUCCUUGGUAAGAGGUUUCUGACAACCACAGAUUGUCUUGUAAAACAUGCAGCCACAAAGGGAGUGUUGGAUGCAUCCUGGAGUACAGUUCCAGUCAACAUGUCUUGGUGUGUGCACUCGGUUCAUAAGGGUGGGGAACCUUAGGCUCAGGAGUCAAAUGUGACCCUCCAAGCCUCUCUGGCUCUUGAGACUGUCCCCAGGGUGCACACCCCCACUGGCUCUGCCUGGCACCCUCCUUGAGUGUGGUGUUUCUUGUUUUUUUGCAAAUUUGGAAUGUGUCCCUGAACACAAGACCCUUGCUUGCCUGGGUGGAGAAUAGAGAGGGAAGUGUGAAUGUAAAGAAACAAGCAUACUGUACAAAGGGGGAAAUGUGUAUUCAUUGUUCUGCCCACUAGGCAGGUUGUCUAGAAGAGAAUGUAGGCCUCUGGCUAAAAAAAUGAUUCCCCAGCUGAGAUUUAGAGCAACAGGCACCUUGUGUAAAUGCAGUGUGCCAUAGAAUGCACCCCAGAAUCCUCUGCAAUGUGCAGGGGAUCCUGGGCAGACAAAUUACUGUAAAAAGAAACUUUGGAAGCCUAUGGCAAUAAGAAUUGGUCACAAUAUUUAGUGUACAGUGGAACCUUGGUUUUCAAACUUAAUCCAUUCCGGAAGACCAUUCAGCUUCUGAAAAGUUCGAAAACCAAGGAUCAAUGGGCUGGCUCCAAAGUCAAUGGAAAGAAAUGGAAAACGUGCCUUGGAAGCCAUUCAGCUUCCGAAAAUCAUUCAAAAACAGAAGCAUUCAGUUCCGGGUUGUCGGCGUUCGGGUUCCGAAUUGUUUGGCUUCCGAAGCGUUUGAUAACCGAGGUUCCACUGUACAGGGGACUUGCAUGCUUCCUGAUGACAAAGGAGAUGUGAACUGGGAAUAACAGCUGAGGUCGCUUUUAAAACACCCUCUAAUUUACAGGCAGUGCAGAGAAGAGCAGAUCCCUCCAUCGUGUCUACAGCUGGGCAUAAAAUCACCGGCUUCUCCUGCAAGUUUAGGUAAUCCCUACCAUAUGAGUACUAAGAAUUCUACCUUCACCCAAGGGGGAAAAACACCCAACCAAAUACUAACCAUAAAAGAACUGGUGGUAUGUGUACCCACAUAUUUCUCCCUUGUUGAGUAUGGAAGCGCAGUUAUUUUCUGUUUCUUUAAUUGGUUAAAUAGCUAAUAUCUCAGUACUUUUAAGGAGAAAACACCACUAGUGGUAACUGAGCCCCCUACAUUUCUUUAUGCAGGCUACCCCUUUGCCAUGGUUGAAAUGUAAUCAUCUUUGUAUCUCUGGUUCAUGCAACAGCUAUUGCACGACCCCUGGCCAGAACCAGUUGUGUUUUGCGUUUUCACAAGAUGGCUGUACAUGUGUGGAAAGUUCUUACUCACCACAGACGAUCUGGCUGCAGGUGUUUUUCAAACCUGUUCCAUUGGGUUGCCCUUGGAACAGAGUUUGGGUCACAGCCGUGCAUGUGUCUACUGCAGGCCUUCCCCAACAUGGUGUCUUUCCUUCCAAAUAUUUUGUACUGAAAAAUUCCAUCUCUCCUGAGUGUGGGCCAAACUGGCUGGAGUUGACAGGAACUGUAGUCCACAGUAUCAGUAGGGCACCAGGCUGUGGAAAGCUGAUGUGCAGAUAACAGUUACUCUGGUGCUUUUCAGUAGUGGCUCCCCAUUUGUGGAAUGCUCUCCCCAGGGACACCUGCCUGGCACAGCACUAGAUACCUUUAGGUAACAACAUUCCAUUUUAACCAGGCUUUCGGUUUUUAACUUAUCUAUGACCACCUGGAGUGGAAGGGAUGUUUUUAAUGUAUCUUUUCCCCGCUUUGGUUUUGAUGUAUGUAUUGAGGGAAGGUGUUGUUAGUCACUUUGAGUUGUUGUGGCAAAAUAAUAAUAAUAAUAAUAAUAAUAGUGUUCCAGUAAGCUGUUAACAAUGCUUGGUAUACCAGUCCAUAAUGUGACCAGUGUCAGAAAUGGCCAUGUGAGGUUGAAUGGCAUUCUUCCUCGCAGCCAGGUAAGAGCUAGCUCCAGUUACUGCUGCCUUGAUAACCAUCGUAACAGACACAUGGGAACUGUCAGGAAACACUUUCCCUGCUUGCUAUUGUAUUGAAAUAAAAUAUUCUUUAAAAAAACACACACCUGGGAAGCCCUUCAGUAACCUUUACCAAAAGUGUAAUACUGGCACACCUAGACAGGGCCCUUGUUUGCCUGUUUCAUCAAUGCCCGUUUCUGUGUCUGCAAUGGACAAUUACCCACAACAGGUCAGGGAUGGUAUGGGUGGAUUAAGAUACUCUAGAGCAGGGGUAGGCAACCUAAGGCCCAUGGGCCAAAAGCAGCCCACAGGGGUUGUUUAACUGGCCUACGAGCUGCCCCCGAACCGAGCUGCCCACUCAGUGAGUCCCCGAAUGCUGCACUAAACCAACGCGGCGCAGGGACUCGCUUCCGCAGUGCCAGAAAUCGCGUCUGCGCAUGCACAGACAGUGGAAAUCGCAUCUGUGCAGGCACUGAAAAGCGCUUCUGUGCAGACGCCGGAAAUCGCAUCUUCACAGAUGCAGACGCCAGAAAUCGCGGGCGCGCAUGCAGUCCAGCCCAUGAAGGGCUCUCCACUGGAGUGAACCGGCCCAGGUGAGGUAAACCUUGCUGACCCCUGCUCUAGAGAUCAGUAGUUGGCUUGAGACAUAUUUGUUGAUUAUUUUUUUUCCAGAAUCACAAAUCAGUGAUAGAGAGGGAAAAAUACACUCUAGGAUUGCUCCUCAAAAUAUAAGGGUGGUUGGUUCAUUGUCUUGCUGUUCUUGAAUCCGGGUUCAAGCAUUCAGCAGGAGGCGUUAUGCAGUGUGUCUCAGCUUGAGCAUGCAUAUGAGCGAUAGCCUAUAUGGAAGCAUCUUUGCAUAAUCUCCCUAUUGUUCCAUCAGGGAAGGAGUUUUGACAGGCUGCCUGCCCUUGGAGUGCCAGUUGCAUGCGUGCAAGAAGAUUUCGACACUGCAUUUAAGUGUGCAAUAUCCCUGUGCCUUCUGUGACAGCAGAGCCUUUGUGAACCCAGUCCUGCGUGUCCUCUGUGAUCUGUGAACAAUGUGACCUUCACAUCAUGAACUAUGGAGUUAGCUGUUUCCCCCCAGUAAAGCUGUCCACCCAUUCAAAUAAAUGUUGGCUGAUUAAUUGGAUGAGUUUUGGUUGGUUAAUGGAUUAAGAUCCACCCCAGGGUACAUGUCUGAUGGGGGUACAUGACAACACAGCCACCUUGCUGAAGCUAAACUGGACGAUGGCCAGGGAACCCCACAAACAUCGCUUUGAGUUCCACGAAGGAAGGAAGGCAAGAUACAGGUGUGCUAAAAAUAUAUAUAUAUAUCAGAAACUGGCGUGCAAGAGGUCAAGUGAUCGUUUGUAACCAUAAGCAGAUGUCUUCUGUUUCUAGAUGAUGUGUGAGCAUACAUUGCAUCAGGUGUUCCAAAAUGCAUUUUUCUUUCUCCCACUGGGAAGAAUCUCAUGGCACCUUGAAGGCUGGAACAUUUAUUAUGGCAUAUGCUUUUGUGGACUAGCAUCCUCUUCACCAGAUGCCUGAAAUAUAAUUGGGAUUGUGUGUGUUUUAAGGUCUCAGCCACACCAUACAUUUAAAGCACAUUUAUGCCACUUUUAACAAUUCUAGGAAUCCUAGGAACUGUCAUUUGCCCCCCCCCCCCGCUUACUAGUGCCAGGAGCUUUGCAUUAUUGCCAACCUUGUCUUGUAAUGGUCACUCACUUAGGUUUUUUCAUAAUUUCUCUGUCUGUUAUUUAUGCAUUUUGUUUCCUUCCGGCUUCAAUGCUCCCUACCACUGCUCUCAAAAAAUGUACAUACGUCUCUACCAAUUAUUAAAAAAAAUUCUUCAUACAUCUGACAAAGUGGAUUCUAGUCCAUGAAGGCUUAUGUCUACCUUAGAUUAGUCUAAGGUACUACAGCGCUCUUUGCUGUGUUUGCUGCCCUAUUGUGAUGGUCAUCUGCAAUUUUUAUGAACACUUGUGUUUAAGUAAUAUUAAAACAAUUCACUUUCUUAAUCAGGGGACCUUUUUAAGGUGAUUGUUCAGUUCCAUUUCCAAAGUUUUAAUCAAACGUUGCCUCCCUAGUGUUUUAUAUUGAUAAAUGACACAUGUAGGGGGGGAUUCGUAUUAGGAUGUGUGGGGUUUCUUGUCUGGAAGGAGGGCUUGCCAACCUGCCAGUGGGUGCUUGGCCAUCCAGGUCUGGAGGUGCCCUUAUUGUGAGGAUAGGGAACCUUGGGGCCGAUGUGCCCCCUACAGCCUUCUCUGUGUGACCUUCAAGAGUCUCACUAGGCCACACCUUUCAUCAGUCCUCCCUCAUUCCUUCCUGAAGUACCUAAUGGCGGAUCUUGCCUGCCUGGGUGGAGGUAGCUAUAGGUGUAUAGACACCACUAGCUUUCAUGUGUCUGGAACAUAGCCUACUGUCACAUCCAUUAACAUGCCUAUUUUGGUUGCUACUCCCACCCACCCCUAGCAUGCAGUCCCAGAAGAUUGUCCAUUAGGAAAUGACUCCCUUACCUACUACCUUCCUGUAGGAUUUAAUGGCAACCACUCACUUACAUAGGAGAAAGCCAAGAGGUGCCCUUGGGGACACCUUUGUGGAGAGGCCUUGGUUUGAUCCCUGCCCCUGCUCCCCCCCUCCCAUCGCUGAGGCUUUCUUCUGUAUCAUACUAGAGGAUUACCAGGACCCAAACCUUGGUAUUUUCUAGCUAUAUAGUGAGAAGGAGAAAACACAGUUCUCGAGAGAGGAAAGGCACCUUCCUCUUUCUCCCCCACCCCCAAAUUCUCCAGGAUACUUGCUGUAAGCUGUCAGGCCUUUGGCAGGUCAGUUGUCUUCCCUCUCCAUCCUCAGUUUGUUAUCAACGGACGCAUGAACAUUCCGCAUAUCAAGCUUCUCUCAGCCCUGGACUUCCUGGAUAGACUUGCACAAGCUCUAGUCCGUCUUAGUUAUGUGUAGGGUAUACUGGUGUUGACGCUGGAGUGGGGCAGGUCUAAAAGCAGAAGAAGUCACCUGCGAGUACCUGUUUGCAUGCAGAGACUCUGCAUGAUUGGGAAGCCUAGUUGCAUGGAGCCCUUCUCUAUGAGUUGGUGUCUGCACACAGCAUGUUGUUGCAGAAGGACAACUCAGCCGGGGGUGAGGGGAGACCUGCUGUGUGCAUGAGUAACACCCUGAAGAGGGCGUUUCUGGCUGAAUUCUGGUUCCUUAGACCAGGGCUUGGAAGCGUACACCCAGGGGCCAAAUGUGGCCCUCGAGCUUGCCCUCUGAACUCUCCCCGGACCACACCCCUCACUGGCCAUGCUGUGCUCCCAAAGUGCUAUUGCUUGGCUGGAAUGUUGUUGCUGUGCCCACUUUGCCUCUGGUUCUGCCCACCAAUUAUAUUUCUUCCUUAAACGGUGGCCCUCAGGCUGAAAAAGUCUCACCAUCUCUGCUUUAGGGGUGUGGGUGUAGGUGUACAGCAGUGUUUCCCAAACUUAGGUCUCCAACUGUUUUUGAACUACAGUUCCCAUGAUCCCUGGUCUGCUAGCUAGGAAUGAUGGGAGUUGUAGUCCAAAAACAGCUGGAGAACCAAGUUUGGGAAACACUGAUGUAGAGGCUCAACUGCCAUAAUGAUCCUCUUAAGCUCACAGGUUCAUGUUAGGUGGUUUGGGUUCUUUUCUUUUCCUUCACCUAAAAUGUCGUUUUGAUCACAAACUUGUGUCUUCCUUUAUCUAUGGUUUUCCCUACGUAUGUGGACGCUGAUGCCUUCUUUGUUGGUAGCCCUGUUUCUUUCCUAAACCGAUAGACUCUCAGCCACCUGAUUUUACUAUGAGAUUGAGAGAACAAUGAGGCUACCUGAAAGCCCACCAGGUUUGGGACGGAGGAGAGGGUUGCAAGUUCCAGUUCUUGUCCUGCCAACCCUGUUUGCUACCUCCAGUUCCCAGAAGUUGAAACCACCACUUGCUCCUAUUGCUGCAGUUUGCACUAAAAACAAGGCAUGUACUUGCAGACUAAAGCAAAACAAAGUGUUUGGUCCCGUUCCCCCCCGGCCCGCCCCAUUGCUGCAGUAGCAGUGCCAACACUGUAAUAUGUAUGGCUGUGGAACUGGGAGACCUUUUCUACCUCAUCACAACCCUCUUUCUAUUUUUCUGGUGAUGGGCGUUAAAAUAUAUUGUUUUCCCUCUUCCUGCAGCCCAGAAGUGAGACCAGUCUGAGCUGUAUGGAUGAAGGGAAAGUUUUGCCCCCACUGUAAUUCAUUUCCCACACAUAGCUGUUUCCCCACAGGAAUGUAUAGCUGCCAUUCAUUUCCAUGACAUAAAGUAUAGGGAUGAACUGGUACUACACCUGCCCUGCUGAUCUCUCAAUUAAGAAGCAAGUUUGCAUCUAACUGCAUAGUCCUAUCCUAGUUUCUGUUUCUUGGCCAAAUCACACCAGGUGCUAUCAUUGACAUUUGUAAGCUGCUCUGGGGCCCUCUUUUUGACUGAAGAAUGGGGUAAAAUAACAGUUACCCCACCUGCCCUGCUGCCUUAGCUGAACACAGGUUUGGUCUCACCUGUUGGCUCAAACAUACCGAGAAUUUCGGAAUGGAACCCCGAGUUCUGUCUCACACCAUUCAUUGCACUGAACAGAGAGCAACAGUUAGAAAAUGAAGAACUCACAAGAAUGAUAAGGAACUUUCAUUUCCUGGCUGGUUGCUCUCUACUGCAGUAGUAGAACACAUGCUCUGUGGUGCAUUUUGAGAUGAUCCUGCUGACCUCUCUUGGUGCAAAAGUGCUGAAAACUUUCUGGAGCAAUGAGCAAAUUCUGAAUAGUAGGCCUUCCUUUGACAGUCUAUUAUAGCUAUACUAUAUGCACACAGUGGAGAGAAAGGAGGAAGCAUUGGCUAGGUCGGUGUUACUAGGUUUACACAUAUGCCAUAUCCAAAUCAGCACUGAAUAGCAGCAUCUAGCCCAGGAUUGAGGAACCUUUGACUCUCCAGAGAUUGCUGGAUCAACAGAUCCCAUCAUCUCCGACCAUCCACUAGCUGGGGUGGUGCUGAUGGGAGUUGGAGUCCAGCGACUUCUAGAGGACCACAGCUCUGAUAUAGACUAAAGCAUAUCUUGGUGCAUGUGCAGUGCAUAUCCACAGCUUACAGCAGCUGUCUACUACCAGUAAUGCUUCCCCUUUGCAGCACAGCUACAGGGGGAUGCAGAAGGACUUGAAUUCGAAUUUAGAAGCUGUUGAAGCAACCACCCACUUUGUAGCUGCAAAUGUAAUAGAAUGUGAGAGUCCACGAAAAAUAGGUAAAUAAAGAGGAAUAAUGGCUCCCACGCUUCCCUGUUGAUCUUCUCCAGGAGUUGCUCCAUCCAUAAUCUGAUGUACGUUUUGCAUGCCAUCUGUCACUAAGCGGCCAUUACCUCCAGCCUUGCAUGCGGUGCCUGAGAGUUCCCUAAAUUUCUUUGGGACCUUCAGAAUCAGUCCCCCAACAUGGAUAAAUUUCUGGCUAUGUCUGGGGUUUUUGUGUUUGCUGAGACCCAGACUCUCACCUUUCAUAAGAGAGGGACAACAGGCCCAGGAACUUUCUCUGCACAUCCAAAGAUGAGUCCACUAUGUGCUCAGAUGUGGGUCUGAGGUUACUUUGUAUAGAUGUGGGGAAACUGUUACAUAGCACUUGGGUUUCCAAGUAAAGUUACCCAUGUGUUGGGCUGAUACUCUUAUACACAGUGUGUCACUUGUGAAUGGAUCAAUCAUCUGAGACCCUGCUUUGUGGAGUGCUCUCUCCAGGGAGGCUCACCUGGCAGCUUUGUAAGAUACCUUUAGGCGCCCUCUUCCCCAGGCUUUUGGCUAAUUAAACCAUCUUAUGACCUUUUAAAGUGGGAGUAUUUUUUUUGCUUGUUACUGUGGUGUGUAUUUUUGUGUCUUCAUAUUGUAAACUGCUCAGGGAUUCUUGGAUGAAGGGCGGUAUAGAAUUUUCAAUAAUAGUAGUAGUAAUAGUGGUAGUAGUAGUAAUAAUAAUAAUAAUAAUAGUAAUAAUAAUAAUAAUAAUAAUAAUAAAUGACUGACUUGCCCUGUGGUACUCACAGCAGCCACAUACGGAAAAAGCUUUGAUUGCUGCUCCUCUGAGAAGUGCAAACUGGCCAUUUUGCACACAAUUCCCAGUAGAUGUACACAUGUUUUGGUGUCUGUAUGUCCAUACAUUUGAAUAAGCUCUGUGACACUUCUCAUCAAACAAAUCUGAAUGAUGCCAAGUAACUCUGAAGGGCGUAUUUUUGAACAUGUGUCUUGCUGCUCUGCCAUUAACACUUUGUACACAGCCCUGCCCAGGUGUUUUGUCUAUUGUACGCUACCCUGGAAUCUGAUUGAAUAAAGUGUGACUUAGAAAUGUAAAUAAAUCCUCCCCCUUUAUUUUCAAAUAAUUGUAUGGGCAGUGGUGGUGAUGGGGAGGCACCCCAGAGUUGUGCAGCGGUGUUGGAAGAAAGGGGUUUAACCAUGGCUACAUGGGUGAUCUGCUGUAAGGAAAGGGCCGGGUGGUUUCUUCCUUGAACGUGACCCUCACUUGUGACUCCAGUUCCUUCUCUCUUGCCUGGCAGAAGGAGUUCCUGGGCUUCCAUUCAGAGGAUGACGCCUCUCAGAGCUCGCUGCGUGCUGCUCUACGGUUUAAAAGAGGUAAGGGUGCCAUUGCGGGUACCUCUUGGUGGUUUUCUGGCUGAUCUGACAGUGGUCUGGAGCAUCUGCACACACAUUUAAGUCCCAGCAAUAGCAACAUGGAAAAACAAGACAUAAAAAACCCAUUAAGAAAUUCUGUUGAACAGAAACAAGCAUAGCCAGACUAAACUAAUAAUAGUAAUAAAGCACAGCAUUCUGUCAGAGGGCCAGACUACAUGUUGCAUGUUAAUAGCAUGUUUAGAUUAUGUGCAACUCUCUUACAAAAAAAAAAAGCAGGCACAGGGAGUCUAGAUGUGAUGUUUUUUGUUACAAGAAAGCUAUCCGAAGCAAGCAAUUCAUUAUAUUAAUUAGUUGCCCUGCUUGUGUGUCUUGAUCUUCAGCUCAUGGAACACUGAGAUCAACUUUAUGUAGUGAAAAUAGACAGCUACAUCUACCAAUGCCAUAGUACAAGUGAGAAAAUGAAACAGUUACAGUAUAAAAGCAGCAUCCAAAAUUUAAACUAAAACAGCAGCAAAGGUAGCCUUUGGCUAAUUAAGCCAACUCUGGUCUUUUAAACUGGGUGGGUAAUUUUUUUUUGCUACUAUGUUAUGCAUUUUUGUGUUUUGAUAAUGUACAUGGCCACCCUGUGAUCCUUGGAUGAAGGGUAGCAUAGAAAUUUAAUAUGCGAUGAGAAGCUCGGCUCUUUUCCCAUCUUUUUGUCAUGCUGUUUGACUUAGCUCAGUUGCAUGCCUAUGGAGUUUCAUAUUUGUUCCUAGCAAAUUGUGUCUUCUUGCUUUCCGUUGUUACAAGGGCUGCCAGCCGAUGGAAGAACGUUUAACUGGUUCAUCAUCUGACUUGCAAAGAGUUGAUUGAGAUUUUUAAAAAAUGUGUAUUAUCACAGCUUCCCUAUAGGUGCAUUCUGGGGAAUACUGAAGAGAAUCUGAGAGAACAUUUAUUUAACAAAAUGUAUAGACCACUUGAUUUUAAAAGAAAGAAGUCUAAGCAAUUUAUAUAAAAUAGCAUUUUCUUAUUAAUUUCUUUAUAUAUUGAUAAAUUCAACAAACUUUAAAAGAAAGUCAAAAUGUGGAUAAAAUCUGCAGCUUAAGGACAAGUAGACAUAAAAAAACAAAUAAAAAUUAUGUGUCUGGCUAGGCUUGCCUAAACGAAAGGGAGUUUUUAGUAGGCACCAGAAACAAGAUAGUGACUGUCAUAUCAACAGACAGGGAGCUCUGGAGCAUAGGUGCUGAAAAGUCUUGACUCCUCAAAAGUGGGGAAUACAUGUUACUAAUCAUUGGUCAAAGAAAAUGCCUUCUUCAGUGUCCUGCUAUGUUUUCCUGCUAGUAAGGACUUAUGGGUGCUGCCUGUAUCGGUGCGCAUGCUGUCAGUGGUGCCACAUGUGCUCACCUGGAAGCAGUUGUUUGCUUACUGUAAGUGACCACUCCAAGUGUUUAACUGUUUCGACAAAACUGUCUGCAAGUUGAAGUAUUGAGAAUCCUUCUGCUCUCUGGAGGUGCGCUUCCCAGCAUGUUACCGUAUUUUUCGCUCUAUAAAACGCACCUGACCAUAACACACACGUAGUUUUUAGAGGAGGAAAAUCCAUAGGCAUGCCACCCGUAGGCAUUUACUCCAUAACACGCACAGACAUUUCCCCUUACUUUCUAGGAGGAAAAAAGUGAGUGUUAUGGUGCAAAAAAUACAGUAUAUCCAGGGCCUGGUGCUGUACACACUGCCCUUGUAGGUUGGAAACUCCAGAGGCAUUUUGACAGCCAAGGUUUCCUUCUCUCCUUACAGGCGCAGUGCUGCCGGCACGUGGUCGGAAAAAAAGGGGGCUUGCUGAGGAUACCCUUUCCAAGCGGCUGUCGAAGCAGAGAGCUGUGGAAUCCCAGCGGGAGCGGAUGGUGAAGGCUUUGGCUGAGCUGCUUCAGAGCAAUAAGGGGUCUCCAGCAAGGACAGAUCGGCUGUCGGCAUCCAGCCCCCAAGCUGGCGGCAUGCUUCCUGAGCAGCCUGAAGCAGACCCAGAGCCUGGCAACCCCACGAAACCCUCCGUCUCCCCUGCCCUCCCGUCCCAAAUGGAGAAGGACCUCAACUCUGUUGUGUCGCCCAGGCCGCGAGGCCGGCCACGGGGCUCUUUCACAAAGAGGCUCAUUGCGAGACCCAAGCCUCCUUGUCAAAGCACCAAAGCUCCAGAUUCCACCCUGGAACCCAGCAGCAGCAGCAGCCCUCGGUCACCCUCGCCGUGCCAAGUGGCCAGCCCCUCCCCUCCGCCCCAGGAGCCCCCGAAGAAGCCGCCACUCAUCCUGAAGUUCUUCUCAAAGGCCAAGCGGCACAAGUCCGGCCAGCUGGUGGUGACCCACGUCCGGCUAAAAACUCCCGGGCACAGGAGGGGCCGCAAGAGGAAGUGGAGCGUUGUGCCGAGGAAGGGAAUCUCCCCACUUCCUUCCCGGUCUGUAUCGGAGUCAGAGGCACCUUUGUCAGAGUCAGACGGGUCUGCCCCAGAGCCGGAACAGAAAGAGGAGUCCUGUACUCCAGAAUCUCAGGCAGAAGUCCUUUUCCCAGAGCCAGAGCCCCAGCCAGAACUUGCUGCCCCAGAGCCAGAGCCAGAGCCACAACUGGAGGUGAUUGCCCAAGAAUCUGAGCAACUCUCAGAGGCUCCUGUCCUAGAGCUGGAGGCUUCUGAGCCAGAACCAGAAGCUCCAGCACCGGGAGGCGGCGUUCCUGCUUCGCCCAGUGAGAUAGCUGGCCAACAAGAGCACCAGCAGCCCUGCCCGCAGAGUGACGGGUCAGGAGUUGUUUCCGAGGAGGGGACUUCCAGCAUUGCCCUUUCCACGCGGGCGCAGUGUUUGAAAAGGGGUCGCGGGCGUCCUCCCCUGACCGCUACGCAGCGGGCCCAGCGUUUGGCUUCUCAGCACCUGCCGGCCAAAGCCAGGGAGGAGGCUCUAGCAGCUGCACAGCAGCCUGGCGGGCCUGGCUUCGAAGAGGCGCCAGGUCACAAGGCCAACUUCCUGAAGAAUAUCCGCCAGUUCAUCAUGCCCGUGGUGAGCGCCCGCUCGUCGCGCCUCAUCCGGACCCCCCGCCGCUUUAUGGACGAGGUUCCGCAGAAGGCAGCCAAGCCCGUGGAAAGCGCUGCAGCGGAUGGGCCUUGUGCAGACAAGCAGGAGACUCCCAUGCUGCCGUUGCUGGAGACCCCUCUUCAGCUGACUCCCCCAGCCCCUAGCUCCCCUGAUAAAGAUACCUCUCGGGCCCUGUCGCCCCCGCCUUCCCCCAGUGUGCCCCUCCUAACUUCCUCCAUUCCCGCCCUACCUGAGAAGCGCCGUUCCAUCCUUCGGGAGCCCACAUUCAGGUGGACCUCGCUGAGCCCCCCGUCGCCCCCCAAGGAUACGGGCAAGGCGCUCUUCCAUCUUCCUUGCGAAGAUUCGUCUCCUUUGCUCAGCACUCCAGCGCCAACCCCAUCUCCCCCGGCCAAGCGGACCCCGCUGCUGCGAGCCCCCCAGUUCACACCCAGCGAGGCACACCUGAAGAUCUACGAAUCUCUGACGGUGUCUCCUGAGGAAUCUGAUCUAGUGCCUGCGUCCCCCGAGCUCAGGAGGGAUCUCCCCACACUGCAGCAAGAGGGUCUCCUGCUCCCUUACGAGCCAGUGGUGACCCGCAGUGGCAAGAAGCUGUUGGGAAGGACGAACCACCUUGCCCUGCCCCUCUUCCCAGAGGUUUCUAGGCCACUUGGGGCUCAGGGCAAAGAGCUGAUCACCAUGGAGGAUGUCAAUUCUCCUGGCGUAGUUCACAAGGUGGCCAUCCGGAGGAUUCUGCCUCCGUCGGCCCAAGUGGAAGAGGAGGAGGAGGAGGAGGAGGUGGCAGCUGAGAGUUCAGAGAGUGAGGGAGAGCCAGCUAGCCUGCGCUCGGAGGCACUGAAGCCCCCUCCAGAGGAGCCCAAGCCCCUUAUUACCCAGCUGUCAAGCAUGGAUAAGGUAUACAGCUUGCUCACUCGUGCCAAGGUGCAGCUGUACAAGAUCGAUCAGCAGAAGCACUUCAAAAUGACGCCGGUAAGAGAAGCCUCGGGUGGGAGUGGCAAGGCUUUGGCGCGAUAGGCAAGGCUGUGCAUUUGUAGAAGGAAAGGCCGGUGGUCUUUGGGGCCUCGGUUAAUGAUUUUGCUUCAUCUGUUUUGUUUUUAAGCUCCAUGCCCCACUGUGGUACUGUGUACUGUUCAUCAAGAGACGUUGUGGGUACAGUUAACGUUAACCCUGUAUAAGUGUCCACAUAGGUCAUUUUUUCCAUUAAAACAGAGCUGGGGUACUUAGAAUCAUAGAAUUGGAAGGACCCUGAGGAUCCUUUAACCCAACCCCCUGAAAUGCAGGAAUAUGCAGCUGUCCCAUACUGGGAUUGAGCCUUCAACCUAAGCAUUAUCAGCACCAUGCUCUAACCAACUGCGUUAUUGAAUUCCCAUCAGCUGCAUGCAGCGUGGCCAGCGGUCACGACAUUGGAAGGACCACAGGCUCUCCAUCCCUGCAUUAAAAGAAGUUGUGAUAAUUGGGCCAGCCAAAUAAGGCUGUGACCUAAGGAUCUUUCUGGAUGAGACCAAAGGGUCAUCCAGUCCAACAACCUGUUCUCACAAUGGCCAAGCGGGACCUGAGAGCAACACCAGGUCCUACUUAGGUUUUCCAGGAACAGGUAAGUUCAGAGAGGAAUACAGCCGCUGAUCCUGGAGACAGGGCACAACCAUUGUGGUUGGUAGCCAUUGGUAGACCUGUCCUCCACCAAGUUGUCAUCCAAACUGGUGGGCCAUGACCAGUGUUAGAAACUGAUAUAUGAAAGCUAGGAGCUACGUGGCACCUUAAACCUAGGUUAUGGUGCGCUUUUUAAAUAACGAAUACAAUGCUGAAAAUGAAUGAACUGCGGCUAAAAUGUUAUGUUAAUUUUUCACAUAGCCUAGUCCUUCCCCUGCCCACCCUCCUAAUAUUCUUAAGAGGGUCUCUUCUCCAGUCUUCAGAGAGUAGCUGGAAGUGGGGAGGCAGAAAAAGGUAUUCCUUUCCUUCCACUCUGCAGCUUUAAUCUGAAAUCUUAGGCGCAGUACUGCACCCAGAGCUCAGAAACUGCUUGCACUGAUGAAAUCCCCUGUCGCAAAAUGCGCCUAGAACAAUGGGUGUUUCGAGCACUGGCUAUGACUACAUCUUGGGGCAGGAGAUUCCAUAGUUUAACUAUGCUCUGUGUGAAGAAGUAUGUCUUUUUUUCCUAUCUGGAUUCUUCCAACGUUCUGCAUCCUUGAAUGACGCUGGAUUCCAGUAUUAUGAGGGAAGGAGAAAAACUUGCCUUUUCCAAACUAAAAGUCCCAAAUAUUGUAACCUUUCCUCAUAGGUAUAGUUGAUACAUCGCUCAGCACUGGUUUGAGGGCCAGAGUGUGAUGGUGCCUUCACCUGGAGGUGUAUCAUGGGUGAAACUGCCAUCGCUCCCGAGUUACACUGCCGCCAGCGCCCGGAAGGAGAAACAAGCUGUAUUGGCCAAGGGCCCACAAGACCCUGGGGUGAAACUGCUGGCAUUCCUGCUGAGGCGGCUUCACCCCAGUGCAUCGUGGGGCCCCCACCCAAUGCAACUUGUUCCUCCCUCUGCUUUUCAACAUCAUGAUGUAUUACGAUAUCAUGGUGUUCGAUUGGUGAUAAAUUGCAACAUUGAAAAGCUGAUAUCACCCAGCCCUUCUCAUAGGUGAGUUGCCCCAGCCCCGGGAUCAUUUUGAUUUAACUUUUCCAUGCCCUAUGAUAUCCUUUCUGAGGUGUGGUAACUGGAACCGUACGCAGUAAUCUUGAGUUCAGGCACACUAUAUAGAUUUGUAUGACGGCAUUAAUACAUUGGCAGUUUUAUUUUCAAUCCCUUUCCCUAACAUGGAAUUUGCCUUUUCCACACUGCUGCUUGUUGGGACUGCAAUUGCAUUGAGCUAUUCCCCAUGGCUCCAGUAACCCUUUUCCUGUUACUUACUGCUGGUUCAGAACCCCUUAACCAUAUAUGUGAUUUUUUUUUAACCCAAGUGUGUGCCACUUUGCCCUUGUUUCAUCAAAUCGCAUUUGCCAUCUUAAUGCCCAUUCGCCUAGCUUGGGUGCAUCCUUUGGGAGCUCCUCGCAGUCCCUCACCAUGCUGCACACUAGGGUGUCAUCAGAGAACUUGGCCACCUCAUUGCUCAUCCCUAAAUGCAAGUGAUUUAUAAACAAGCAAAAAUACUGAUCCUUGGGGGAAUCCGCUUCUUACAUUCCUCUGUCGCGAGAACUUCCCUUUUAUUUCUACUCUCUGCUCUGCCACCAAGCUUUGGCCCUUCCCCCAGACAAAAAAAGACGUGCAUAGCAGUUCUAAGAAAGACCAACACAUGGCAUGGCCACAUCCAGGGCAAUGUGCUAAAGUAAUCAAAAGUCCUUUGCAAGGAAAAUGGUGACCUGUUUAGAUUAUGCAGAUUAAGCAUAAUCUGUUUUGCAUAACUUCACUUCCGCUUGUCAGGGCUGGAAGCCAGGCAGGGUACUGAAGUCCAGCCCCUGGCCACGGCAAAAUCUACAUCUCUUUCCCACCAUCAAUUGAUCGUUUUAUGUGUAUGUCGCUUUCCCAAAGUUAAAACAGUGCUCGAGGCGGCUUGCAACAUGAAAACAUUUCAUAAUUACAAAUAUAACAGAAGUCAUAAACAAUUAAUGGAACAUCAAAAAGUACACAUUGAACAAUUUCCAUGUAAAUCAUAAGAUCUAAAAUAAAGAAAUGAAAAAUUAAUAUCGAUAACGGCAGCAAACCUCCCUUCCCCACGAAAUCUGCUAAAUAAUACUCCAGCCAAAGAGUCUGUUCAACAGCCUCAGCUUUUGUAACUGGAGUCAGCCUUCCCAGAGCUGGUGGAAAAAGGCCUGUAAGGUAGGGAGCAUGUCUUCCAAAACUCGCAGCUGAAAUGGUCUCCACAAAACACAUACACCUGAGAUCUGAUCAGUUGACCACACACCUUCAAGCCUCUGAUUGUAAUCUUAGGAAUGUAACACUAGCUUUUAAAAGUCUGAAAGCAGAGAGUUUCUGGAUGCUGAAUUCUGCAUUGUAGAUUAUGCUCUGUGCUUGACUCUUACUUGGGAAUACCUUUUCUACUUAAACCUGUGUCUAAAGAGUCUGGAGUUAUGUUUAAAUAAGCUAAACCUCAUAUUCUUUGAACAACCAGAAUUUCUAGGUAAGUGAAAUUCUCCAUUUUGCAUUCAGAAAGCACUCUUUGAUUUUAUUACAUUAACAUAAAGAGCAAGCGUACAUAAAUGCACAUGCUUCUAUUUUGAAAGCUUUGUUUCUGGUUGUAUAAUUAAUGUUUGGGGUCCCCCACUCCCAUAGUUUUGAUUUUUGUGUGUGUCUUGAUGUGGGUUGGGGAAGAAAAGCCAAGAAUCCUGAAAUAGAUCAAUAAUGCAUUGCAGGGGGUUGGACUAGAUGACCCUCAGGGGAAGAAGGAGGGAGGGAGAGAGGCUGAGGCUGAAGGUGGUGAUUGGGGUACAGUAGCUAUACUGAGAGUAGAAGUCACACAGCUCCCACUGAAGCACCUCUUGUUUUCACGAGUCCCACGCAAAUGGCCUUCACUUUUAGGGAGCCAAGACUGUGGGUUUCCAGUGUCAUCUUCGUUUUGCUUUUUAAAGAGAGUCUGAAUUUUUAGUACCAGCCAUUGGACUGUUUGGAGGGUAUGUCCAGUGCUUUGCAAUGCAGUUAGCCAACAUGGUGCCCUCCAGAAGUUGUGGACUAUUUUCUCCUAGCAUCCCUGACCAUUGACCAUGCUGGCUGGGGCUGAUGGGAGUUGGAGUCUCAGCAGUAUCUGGACAGCACCAUACAUAUAGGCAUGUUCUGUGUUUGUGCAACUGGCAUCACAGAUCAGUUUCCACAAACACAUUCGCAGGCUGAGAGCUGCCGUUAUGAUGGGGAGAGGCCAGUGUUGCUUGGGACAUUUGGUAUAUGCAAAAAGAGUCUCAAAUGCUAACUAACUAAUUAACUAACUACCUUUCAUCUGUGUGUGUCUUUUCUAUAGGGGUGUCAAACAGUCAAUACUGAGCUCUUUGAGACUCCAAAGGUCUCCGUUAAGCAGGAGGUGACUACUGAACUCAAAGUGGCAGAAGAGGACAGGAAAGAGGACAGGAAGCAGGUAACUAUUUGCAUGUAUAUACAGUGGUGUAGCUGAACUCCGGUUAGUGACGAUGAUUCUGGUUUCCAGAGCAAUGGAUCCUAUGUAGACACAGGUAUCCUCUGUGCAGAUUGCCUUUCUUGGCCUGGCCUGCCAGUGGCUUUUAGCAGUGCAGUCCUUCUCUGUACUCCUGGCAAGCGCCGGGUGGUACAGGUUCACUGAGAACUGGGGGGUGGUUUUUCAGGGCUGGCCCUGCUGUUUACCAUUCAUGCCCAUGGCCGAUCCUAAUUCUCUUCCCUUGCAGGGCCAAGAGUCCCCCGUGCAGGGCCCUCGGAUCAAGCACGUGUGUCGGCAUGCCUCAGUGGCCCUGGGGCAGUCUCGUGCCAUGGUGCCAGAGGAUGUGCCGCGCCUCAGUGCCCUGCCGCUGCGGGAGAGGGAGGAGAUCGCUGCAUCGCCCACAGUAGAGGGUGAGUGGUUGUGUGGGGAUGCCAGCUUGAAGCUUUCUUUCCUUUACGCUCUGUGGCCUCUUUUUAAAGGGUGAGCAUGAUAACGUGAGGAGCGCUGAGCUGCAAGAUCACAGGGCUAUUAAUGGGCGCACUAAUAUGUGGCAUCUCCUUCUGUAGCUAUGUGGCAAAGAUGUUUAUUGAUCCUCGGUGGGAUAAUCAGGGGAGCGAUAAGGAAGACUGGAAAACCAGUGUUAGCUCUGCACAGAUCCUGGAGAGCACUGCCAUCAUGCCAUAUUCAGGGGACACUGGUUUUGGCUAGGACUGAUGGUAGAGCUGGGCAAUAUAUCACUAUAUCAUCCAAAACCGGUUUGAAUUCCGUAUCGUUCUAUCGCUUUCAUAAUUUUUCACCUGGCAAUAUAUUGCAAAUCAUGAUGUGUGUUAGGGUUGGGCAAUACAGCAUCCAAAACCAGUUCGAAGUCCGUAUUGUGAUACCAGUUUCGUAAUUUUUGACCUGGCAAUAUGUCACAACUUAUUAUGUAUAUGUGUCUGUGCUAUGCAAACACCACUAUGUGGAAAAAAAACCGGGAAGCCAGCCAUUGCUUCUACAUAGCCCCAUCCUUAUUUCAGACAUUGUGGUAUAUCAGUAUAUCACGUUGUUUAGCUGGUGAUAUACCGCAAUGUUGAAAACCAGAUACAGUUGUAGCUUGGAUCCUGAACUCGGAACAUUUUGGCUCCCAAAUGCCACAAACCCGGAAGUGAGUGUUUUGGUUUGCGAACAUUCUUUGGAAGCCGAACGUCUGGUGUGGCUUCUGCGGCUUCCAAUUGGGUGUAUGAAGCUCCUACAGCCAAUUGGAAGCCGUGCCUUGGUUGUCGAACGUUUUUGGAAGUUUAACAGACUUCCGGAAUGGAUUUCAUUUGACAACCAAGGUACGACUGUAUUGCCCAGGCCCAGUUGAUGGAGGUGAGGGGCAGGGCCUCCUCCGACAGAAGCCCCAUGGGUGGGGACUUCCGUGUGAACAGUUCCUCAUUGCUCAAAUUCGAACUUUCUUCAGGCCUCAGAGGUUGGUGCAAAGGCUCCUGGGAUUGCUGGGUGCUGUUUCCGUGCCUUUUUUGCCCCUUCUGGGCUCUUCUAGGCCUGUUUUGUCAUUUUAAAAUUCACUUCCGCGCAUUUGUGCAGUUAGGCAUCAAUCAGAGGCAUGUAAACGAGGAGUUGCCUGUACUUUCUUUGGGAGGAGCAAUUCCAUACUUAAGCCUUUAGUGUCAAAGUGAAAAUGCAGGAGCCUUUACACGGGCUGAGUUCCCUUCUUGCCAAUAGCACACAGUCUUACCUAAUUAAAAGUCCGACUCUUUGGAAAGCUGUUCGCCAGCAGAAUGGUCUCCUUUGGGAGAUCGUGGACUCUCCUUCCUUGGAGGUUUCUAAGCAGAGGUUGGAUGCCCACCUGUCAUGGAUGCUUUAGCUGAGUUGGGGUUGGACUAGAUGACCCCAGAGGUCCCUGCCAACUCGACAAUCCUAUGAUUCUCUGACCUAAUAAGUGAAUGAGAUCCUUUUGUGGCCUGGUCCUUUUUACAUUGGCUGCACCGAGCUUUUCUUGCGCCCAUAGAAAUAUUUGGGUGACAUACAGAGAUGUUCUCUGGGGCCUUGAGAUGGAGCUGCAUUUCGGUCAUCUUUUUGAACUUUCCGUUCCACAGAGACCUCCUCAGCCUCAGAGAGCGAAAGCGGCCACCAGAAGCAAGUGAAGGCAGAUACGGCCGUCAAGGCCGCGCCACCCCCUGUGCGUCGCCACGUCUCCCACCAUCACCACCACCACCACGGCAAGAAGAACAGAAUGACGCGCUGUGGGAAGUGCAAAGGCUGCCUGAAGCUGCAGGACUGUGGGGAGUGCAUCAACUGCCUAGACAAGCCGAAGUUUGGCGGGCCAAACACCAAGAAGCAGUGCUGCGUGUGAGUAUGUCCUGGAGGGUUGCCAGUUCGUUGCUGAAUUUUGCCCUCCGGCUUCUCUCUUCUGUGCUUCUUGGGAACUGGGAGCUAUGGCCGAAGGGUUCUCUGCCCAGCCAAGAAAAUAGGUGAUGUCCAGUGGUUUUGUGGCUGAGGUUAGGUAGAUGCUGGAGUUGCGCAGCUCCCGUGCAGAGCUCAGUUUUGGCUGCAGAAUCUUGCCUGCUAAAUGCCUUGGCAGCCACUACCUGCAAAACAAGUUCCCGGGCCUUAAGGCGGGGAAGAUAGGCCUGUAAGUGUGUAGACGUUUGCCCCAUUUCGACAAUGGAGAUUUGUAUACUACAGCAGCUUGUCUCUUGUUGGAUUGGGGAGCACAGGUGCAUAUUUGCCCAACCACGUGCCAAUUCCAGUGAUGUCUGGAAGUGGUUGGGUGGUUUGUUUAUUUAGCAUACUUACGUCCCACUUUAUAGGAGUUGUAAUAGCAGCUUACGCAGGAUUCUUAAAAUAAAAUGGUGCCCAAAUCGAGUGGAAGAACAGAAAUAAAAUGGUGGUGCCCAUCCGGAAUCAGGAUUAUUUGGGCAGUGUUUUCUGCCCUCAUCGUUAUUCUUCCCUUGCACUAUAUUUGGUAGCGGCUCCCAUUCAUUUCUCUUGAAAUUCCAUUAGGGAACGCAGUCCUCAGCCUGAAAAAGGUUCCUCGCACCUCACCUGCUUUUCAAGGUGAACUCAACAGCUUCACCUUCUUGCAUGCAGGUAGUUCUGGCAAAGGUGAGCUGUUUGGUUUAAUCUCAAAUUGAGGUAUCUAAACAGCAGUGGUAGAAAGCAGGGACUAGCAACUUUUUUGGGGGGGUGGGGAACCUGGAGAUGUGCCACAUGGCCUCGGGAAGCUGCAUCCCCCUCCCUUAGCUUGAGUCAUCCUCAGAAGGGUGGACAGGUGUCAAGGAGGAUGGGACUCCUGUGUUUUUAAUAGCUAUGCAGAAGAGGUUUCUGAGCCGAGGCAAUUCUGUCAUGCAAGAAGGUGAGAGGAUGGCUAUCUGUUAUACGGGCAGUAGGCUCCCCCAGGAACCUAUUUAUAGAGCACGCGUCCUGAUUUGCUUGUGGGGAGGUUAUAUGACAAUGAGCAACCAUCCUGAUCUGCUUGUGGAGUGGUUCAUGCAUCUUAUUCCAUGAUGCAUUUUCCCAUCACAUUCCUAACUCCAAAAAGUCUGAUUUUUUAAAAUAAAAAAGUGAAUUAGUUGCCCCUAGGGCUGCAGAGCACUUUAAUCCACUUGUAAAUUGUGCACACCAAUCCCUCCCACAAAAUAUUAGUAAAUCUGGAGGCGCCUACUGUUUCCCAUAGCUGCGGAGAUUAGAAGCACGUUGUUUGAAAACAAGGACCUGAGUUACUGUCAGGGACGUGGGUGGCGCUGUGGGUAAAACCUCAGUGCCUAGGACUUGCUGAUCGUAUGGUCGGUGGUUCGAAUCCCCGCGGUGGGGUGAGCUCCCGUCGUUCGGUCCCAGCUCCUGCCCACCUAGCAGUUCGAAAGCACCCCUAAGUGCAAGUAGAUAAAUAGGUACCGCUUUAUAGCGGGAAGGUAAACAGUGUUUCCGUGUGCGGCACUGGUGCUGGCUCACCAGUGCAGCGUCGUCACGCUGGCCACGUGACCCGGAAGUGUCUUCGGACAGCGCUGGCCCCCGGCCUCUUGAGUGAGAUUGAGCGCACAACCCUAGAGUCGGUCACAACUGGCCCGUACGGGCAGGGGUACCUUUACCUUUACCUUUACACUGUGCAUUUGUACAUGUUAUUGCUUUGUUGUUUUGUUUUACUUGUUUGUAUCCUGCAUUUUAUUCUGGGAACUGCCCUGAGAUCUUAUGAUGAAGGGUGGUAUAAUAAUAAUAAUAAUAAUAAUAAUAAUAAUAAUACAACCCCAGUCCCAUGGAAAGCUCUUCCAGCAGAGAUUCAGCAGGCACCUUCUGUUUUAACCUUCAGGCAUUAGCUUAAACUUCUCCUUGCUACUAGGCUUAUGCAGACAAUUAAGAAUACAUCUUCUGUAAUUGAUAGCUGUGUGCGUUGGGGGGGGGUUAAUUUAAAAAACCACAUGUAUUUUAUUAUAUAUGCUGUAAACUGCUUUGAUAUUUUCAAUGAAAUUGCAGCAUACAAAUCUUACAAACAAAUGAAUGCCACUGGCAAGAAAAGAGCCUUUCCUUUCUCAGAUGGGGCUUUCUUCCCCACUGAGGAGUAUUUGGCCAGCUUUCCAUCACUGCUGGUGUCUAGCUCCACAGUCUUCUAUCUGCUUUGAGCAAGACCACGUACUGUGGCCCUGACCCUUUGCUGCCCUGGUGGGAGGGUGUGGGCCAGAGCUCCUUCGGCUCCUCCUGCGCUGGUGGACCAGAUAAGAGUUUCUUUGCGGCUGAUUUCUUUGCUCUGACCAUGUCAUGUCUGGCUAACUGGCAGGUAUCGGAAGUGCGACAAGAUUGAGGCGCGGCGGGUGGAGCGGCUCUCUAAGAAAGGUAACGAUUGAGUGGCUGUACAUGGGUGGACUGAUCAUGUGCUGCUGUGUGAUUAUGUGUGGCCUCUUCCUUGGCGUCAUUACAAUAUGAUACGAUAUCUUUAUUGUCAUUGUCCCAUACAGAACAAUGAAAUUGAAAAAUCUACAUAAGACAUUCAAAAGCCCCACAAAACUCUGAAACCCCAUUUUAAAAUACAAUAUACUAUAGAGACUCCUUAUGCUGCGUUUAGAACCAGAAUUGCAUUUUCGUAGAACUGUUUCUCAGGCGGCUAGUCCUGGUCUUUAUAACCCUAUACCUUCUUCCAGAAGGCAGAAGCUGAAAGAGAUCAUUUCCGGGGUGCGUACUAUCCUGCGUACUGCAAUCUUCUGGUCCAAGGGCUCUGUGAACAUAUUUCUACCUGCAUGUAAACCUUUUGGGUCCAGUCCCACAUAUACAGUGGAGUAGGGGUUGGGUGCAGGAGUUCUGUACUGGAUACCCAGCCGUGAAUUGCAAUAAGCACUGGUUUCUACAUCGUGAUAGAAUGGAUGAUGACAUUCAGCACUUAAAAGACAUAUUCUUGUUCUAACAGGCUUUUGAUGUUUAGUGGUCCAUCACUUAUAAAGUUUUGUGUUAGUCUGGGGCUGCUGUUUUCAUUGUCGUUAUCUGUGCAUUUUGAAACUGUGUGUUUUGAUAUAUCUUUAACUGUUUUUAUCGAUAUGACCAGCUAUGUUUGUUUUAUCUUCCUGUAAGCCGCUUUGGGCAAAACCUUUCUGUGGGAAAGUGGGGUGUGUGUGUGCAAAUGGACUUAAUUCUUCUGCUACUAUUUACUUAUUGUCCUUCACAUUGUGUAUUGGUGGGUUAUAUUUUGCAAAUUCACGUAUUAAAUUGUUACACGUUGUUAAACAAGCUCUGUUUUGUGGAGAAGUUGAAAUUCGGUGUCUAAGCCUCUUUCAGAGACUGGGAAGAAAGGUUGAAGCUCGUGGAUAUUGGGGGGGUGGGGAGAGAGAGGAAAAAGAAUGGGGUGUUUAGUGCCAGUCUUGUGUUUAAUGACUCCCUGAUAGUCCCAGACUGCCAGAGAAGGGGCAGAUCUCCCUGUCCCUCCACCAUCGGGGCACUUGGCGGAAGGAAAUAUUUUUAGUAGCCUGCUAAGAGUCUAGUGGGCUGCAUUUAUUUCUGUGCUGGCUGCAGAGAGGAGGCUUUCCCCUCUUCUCCACAGCUAGCAUACAACUAAAGGUUGGUAGUAAAAAGAAAUCAUAGGCUAGUGACAUUUGUAGGCUUCUUUACAAGUCCAAUUCACAAGCCGUGGUAACUGCACUGAAGGGAGGAGUUCUUCUCCCACAAAUGUAAGACACUCUGCCUGCUUCUAGGGGAUUUGGGGCAUUCCCUUUAAAAAAAUGUUUCCAUGCAUCAUUGACCAGUAUACUUUUAGAACUGUGAAGUCAGGAACACAUCUUGUGUAUACAGAAAAUAAAUAGAAUAUUAAUCAGAAUGAACCCACUGGAAUUUAAUGGGCAUGUCUAACCUAGGUCUGUUAAUUUCAGCAGGUGUGCUCUGAGUAGAACUGACUUGAAUGUAACCAUCUGUGUGCAGGAUUUGUGCUAGCAGGUCCAUCCUAUAUCCCGUGGCUUCAUUGCACUUGUGCAGAACUCAAGGUGCUCUGUUCAGGUGGCUCCAACCUCACUUGGUGCCAGUGGAUACUUCUUCCAUAGCGCUGUAGCUGCUUUUGAUCUCUCUCCCUGGGACGUGCCCCAUGGGGUUUGGAACAGAGGUAGCGUCCUUGUUUUGACCUUCAGCGUAUAGGAGGUUCCAAAGCAUCCUUCAAUAAGCCUCUAGCGCUACUUGUUCAGGAGUAUCAGAGUUGUGUAUAUGUGUAUGUGGAAGAAAGAGAGAGCUCAUGUGGCCACAGUGAUAUAUUGGGGCUCCUUUUGCAGCUUAGCUGCCUUCUGUGCCCGGUGGAAACUUGUGCAGAUGGCAUCCAAGCAUGCUAGCAACCAGGCUCUUGGUGAUUUGCUCCUUAGACACUCUGAUUGUUCAUUUUAGGGACUGGCUUUUCAUUUGGCUGAUUUAGAUUUGUAGCCUGUCCAGUCCCAAGAGCUCAGGGCAUAUGAGAGGGAGAGAGAGAGACCUGCAUUCUUUGCUCCAUUUUUAAAAAUAGGAUACAGUGGUACCUCGAGUUAAGUACUUAAUUCGUUCUGGAGGUUUGUUCUUAACCUGAAACUGUUCUUAACCUGAAGCACCACUUUAGCUAAUGGGGUCUCCUCCUGCCACCGCACAAUUUCUGUUCUCAUCCUGAAGCAAAGUUCUUAACCCGAGGUACUAUUUCUGGGUUAGCGGAGUCUGUAACCUGAAGCGUCUGUAACCCGAGGUACCACUGUACAACACUUCCAUAACAGUGGCUCUUUCCGCAAAUUCAUAUUUGAGUUCCCGUUUGGAAUCUGCCUUCACCUUGCAAUGAAGGAGGGGACCCUGGGAUGGGUUGCCUCUUCCAUUCACACCACCAGGAAAGAAUAUGUAAACUGAGACACAGUGCCCUCCUAGUGGGAUGGGCAACCCACUUCCUUGGCUCCUGUCCUGCUGAGCUCCACCGCAGGACUGGGGCAUGUCCCAUUGUGAGAGAUCGAAAGCUCUGCAAGCUGGUAACCUCUUUUCUUUUUUCCUGAUCAUUCCUGUGGGUAUUGUCAGAUCUAUUAAAAAAAAACCCUCUCUACUACUGAGAUAGGGGUCUUCUUGCAAAGUAAGGCACCUCUAAUCAUAUGGAACAUAGGAAGCAGCCUUAUACAAGGGCAAACAUACUUGUUUACUCUGGCUUUCUCCAACCUGGUGCCCUCCAGAUAUUGCUGUCUACAGCAUCCCUGACCAUUGGUCAUCCCUAGUGGGACUGGUAGGAGUUGUGGUCCAAAGGAUCUGAAGGGCACCACGUGGUCUACUCCAGGGUCUCAGGAAUAGGUCUUUCUGAUCCCUCUAACUGGUGACACCAAGGGUAGACCCAGUGACCUUCUGUAAAGUAGGUGAUCUACUUCUAAGCUAUCAUCCUCCAUUGAGUAGUCAACAGUUUAACUUACUCAUGACUUUGGUUGUAUGCACACUGUAACUGUAAAGCACAUUCUUUCCCUCAAAGGAUUCUGGGCACUGCAGUUUACCCCUCACCGAGUUGCAAUUCCCAGCAGCCCUUAAUAAACUACAGUGCCCAGAAUUCUUUGAGAGGAAUGUGCUUUAAAGGUUAGUGUGUGUGCUGCCCCCAAGUCUCAAUUGACUCCUGUGUGUAUUGUCUGCAGGUGUCAUUCCACUGAAAUUGAGUGGGGGCUGUUUUUUAUAGAUCAAGGGUGGGGAAUCUCAGUCCCACGAGCCAAAAGUGGCCAUUCCUCCUGACCCACAAGUUUCUCCCACUACCUCUGCUGGCUCCAGCCUUUACUGGCUCUGCUCCAAGCCCUGCUUGAGUGCUUUUACCUGGCUGGAACUGAUAUUUUAUUUAUUAUUUAUUUAUUUCAUUUAUAUCCCGCCUUUCCUCCAAGAAGCCUCAAGGUGGCAUACGUGCAUGGUUCUCCCCAUCCUCAUUAAAUCCCCACAACAACCCUGAGAGGUAGGCUGAGGCAGCCCAAGGUCACCCAGCGAUCUUUAUGACUGGGUAGGGAAUUGAACUCUGGUUCUCCCAGGUCCUCGUCCAACACUUUGACCACAACACCACACUGGCCAUCUUUUCCACAGUGAGCUGUGUGCCCAAAGUGGCUUACAGCAAACAUUCAGAAUGCAAAGCAUAAAGGGAAGUCACCAGUAAAUCCAAACAGGACAAAAACUGACAAUUUUAGCAAACAGAAUAAAUUCAAUAUGACAGAAGGAAUGAUCUGGACUUAAAUGUAUAAGUUCAGAGCAGAAAGACUGUAAAGUUGUAGGGGCUGAUCUUGCUUCACUCCACAGAGUCAUAAUAAUAAUAAUAAUAUAAUUUUUAUUUAUAUCCCGCCCUCCCCAGCCAAAGCUGGCCUCAGAGCGGCUAACAACAGUAAAAAUAGCACAAUUUACAUAAAAGCACAGUCAAUUAAUUGAAAUACAUUCUAAAAUCAAUUCAGAAUCAAAUUAAUGGCAACCAUUGGGCUAGAGUUCUAUGAGGAUUACAGACGGAGGAGGUUAGACUGUGCCUUGGUCAAAGGCCUGAUGGAACGGCUCUGUUUUUCAGGCCUUGCGGAAAGAUGUCAAGUCCUGCAGGCCCUAGUCUCUUGUGACAGAGCGUUCCACCAGAUCGAGGCCAUGGCCGAAAAAGCCCUGGCUCUGGUUAAGGCUUGAAUGUGUUUAGAGAGGGAGGGAGUGGUCUUCUUGCCAGGCUAGAUGACUUGCAGCUGGAUCCUUCAUCUGACUUCCAGGGAGUGGCUUCCUGCGAUGAAAAGGAAAUGUUGGGGAGGGCAAUCAUGGUGGAAGCUCCACUGCUAGUCUUAGUGCAUUCCAAAAAGCCCCAGCAGCCCAUCUUAAAUGAGGAGAGGGUCUAGAUUGCUUACGGCUAACUCCCUCAUCUCUCCUCCAGAGGAGGCUGACAGCAGCAAAUGGGAAAUUCUGGGGAGGACAAUGGUGUUGAGUCCUCUUCCACUGGAAGUUGCAGGUGCUGGUCUUGGAAUGUGUCCUUGAACCGUGAUUAUUAUUAUUUCAUUUCAUCAUCUGGUUGCCUUUUAGAGUAAGAAAUAAAAUGCAGCAGCCUCCCCGUCCACAGUGUUAGGACGUGCAGGUUCAUGUGCCUUUUCUCUUCGCCCUGUCCUCCUUCUGGAUGCUUUUGAGUUCUUGGCUCUCAUAAAAUGUAGUAAUUUCUAAUGUGGCUAUUGUAAUAAAGUGAUUUUUUUUUCCACCUGGGGGAUGGGCACCAAUACAGCUCCUUGCCAGCAGUGCAAGGAACCCCAAGAGAAAGACAGUAUCACCUCCCCUGACCUUUUGUUUUCUCAAAUGAGGGAUUUGAGAGGCAGGGCGGAAAGGGGGGGACAACUUUGCAACCUUGAGGCUGCUAUACUGCUCUGUGCUAACAAUGUGGGGGCAUUGGAACCUGACCUGCAGUGACUCUUAGCCUUCGCUUGUGAGGAAAACCACAGCUAUCAAAUCUCCAAAAGGGGGCGGACCUUCCUUCUUCCACCAUGUCUAGCCACAAGCUCUUCCUGACCCUUCUUGUACUCUGUCUCAGGGCAGAUUUCUGUGGGACCCUCUGCCAAUGUGGAAAUUUUUAACUCUCUGAAAAUGACUAUUAAAAUGCUGUUCUCCUUUAUCUAGCGUUUGUAUACUGCUUUCCAAGUGCUUUGCAUCCGUUACCUUGUGAUCGUUCUUUAACAACAACCUUGUGAGGUAGGGUAGCACGAUCAGCCCCAUAUUGCAGAUGGCAGGAGGGGCCCAAGGCCCAAGGGUCAUCUAGCCCAAUGCAGUACAGUCGUACCUUGGAAGUGGAACAGAAUUCAUUCCAGAAGUCCAUUCGACUCCUGAAACGUUCGACCUCCAAAGCGCGGCUUCUGAUUGGCUGCAGGAAGGUCCUGCAGCCAAUCAGAAGCUGCGGAAACCCUGUCGGACGUUUGGCUUCUAAAAUAACGUUCGCAAACCGGAACACUCGCUUCUGGUUUUCGAUCAUUCGGGAGCCGGAACGUUCGACUCCCAAAGCAUUUGGGAACCGAGGUACGACUGUAAUCUCAACUAAAGCGUUAUAAGAAAUAUGUAAAGCAUCCAUAACAGAUGGCCAUCCAACCUCUGUUUAAAAACCACCUUCUGAGGGAGUCCAUUCCAUGAUAAAGACUUUGUUCGAAUGGCUUUAUUUUUGUGUAUAUGCAAAGGAAGGAAGCUGUGAUGUCAACUGCUCCUUUAGCAGCAAUCCCCCUCCCUAACCCGAGUUCCUAUUCCCUACUAUAACUAAGCCUUCUCGAAGAUAAUUUCUUAAUUCAGAUGAUCACAUUUUCUCCUUCCCCUCCACCUCCCCUUCCUUCUCUUGCCUCUGUUUCCCACCCUGUUUCUGAAUAAUAGAGUGUAAGCUUCUCAGGGCAGGGACCUGUCCUCUUAAAAGGCUGCAUGUACACCAUAUAUUUAAAACACGUUAUGUCCCCCCCCCCAAAAAAAAGAAUCCUGGGAACUGUAGUUCGCCCCUUCCAAUGCCAGCACCCUUAACAAACUGCAGUCCCUAAGAUUCCUUUUCUUUUGAGGGGUUGGCUUUAAAUGUAUGGAGUAAACACAGCCAUGAAAUGAGAUGGCUGUAAGGAGAGCAAUCCCAUCAUUCAAACAGGUUGAGAACCAUUGUGCUAUAAUGUAGAGGGUAAUCUGCCCCCUUCCUCCUUCUCUCCCUUCUACUUUUUGCUGGGGGCAAUGGAGGCUGCUAGGUUUUGAAAGUGCGUAGAGGAAGCACAGACAGACUGGGUGGAAUUUGCUGGUCAAGGACAAAGAUAGGUGGAGCCCUGCAAACCACAACAGAUAGUUCCGGGACAAUGGAUUUGAGGAUUGGGGGAAUGUGAUCUCUUCCCUGCUUGGGGAUGGGGAGGGGGAAGUGGGCUUGCCUCAGGAAGAGGUGGGGCCUGGUUUUCCCAAGGGAAGCCAUUCCAGGUUGAACCAAGCACGAGCCCUGCCUGGUGUAUGUGUGGGAAAUGGCAUUUCUUGCCUGCAGACUGAAGAAGCACUGAUUAUGUGAGCAGAUGAUCUUGGGAAGAAGGCUGCGAUUUGGGGGUGGGGGUGGGUGGCAGGGAAGGAGGGAGGGAAAAGCAAGGAGGUGGGCCGGGUUUUAUUGGAUCAGCUCUGGGCAGAAAGAUGGCUGUAGCAGCGGAAGCCAAGACUCCUGACCUCUCUGUACUCAGCGUGGGGGGGGGGAGGGAAGGCAGCCUCAACAUCAAGCCCUGAAAGGGCGAUUCCCCCUUUCCCUGACCUGUGUCUGUUCCUUCCCUGCCCCAUCACUGCAUCUAAUAUGGAAACUGAGGCAGGGGUCUUUACUAACCCCCCCCACCCGUGAGAAAAAGGGUCGAUCUCUGGAGUUUGUAAUUAAUUUCACAUGCAAUGUAAGGGAUGGGGUGCAAUGCAAAAAAGGGGGGAUUUGGGGUGAUGACUUAAUAUAGCAAAGACACCCAGAAAGAGUUUUGUAAGACUAAGAAGACAGAUUCCCUGCAGCUAAAGUUUCAUGACUGUCUGCUUUGAGUACUGUGGUCUUUCAGGCGGUUAGAUUUUAAGAUGCAAUUUUUAUUUUUAAAAAAAUGUUUGCUGCUACCAACCUGGGCUGCAAUCCCCUUGUGCAUUCAAAUGGGUGUAAGCUCAGAACUUACUUCUGAGUAGGCCUGAAGAGUCUUGUGCUGCAUCACAGCUCCCCUUUUGGAGUUUGCAGGGAGGUUUUGCUGGGAAGACUCAAGCUGCCUUGAAAGCCUUGUGAUGGGAACAAUGGCCUAGACCCAGUCCUGGCCAGGUGAAUGCUUAACUAGCCUUUGUAUUGGAAAUGAGGUAGUUGAGAAGACUGCCAGGUUCUCCCUGGGGGAAAAGAAUCAGUUUUGCCUGCCUAUUGAGAAAGGUAGGGUGGAGCCACAGCAAAAUCAUUAUAUCAGGAGGGACAGAGAGAUAUUCUCAGAACCAGAUUGUUGGGAGGGAGGGGAGAAAUAAAUGAGCAAUUGAAGAAGAGGGAAAUAUAAGACUUCUGUAAGGUAAGUGAGCUUAUUAAUAAGACUUUGCCAAAAGUGACAUCCUGGAUAGUAUUGCUAUUUUGCACCCCAGGCAGUGUUCAGAGCAGUUUCUGCGCUCUGGGCGCAGUACUGCGCCUAAAUUUUCCAAUUAAAACUGCAGAGUGGAAGAAAAGGAAGACCUUUUUCUGCCUCUCCACUUCCAGCUACUCUCUGAAGACUGGAGAAGAGACCCUCUUAAGAAUAUUAGGGGGAGUGAGCAGGGGAAGGACUAGACCAUGUGAAAAAUGAACAUAAUAUUUUAGCUGCAGUUCAUUUUCAGCACUGUAUUCUUGUUAUAAAAAAGCGCACCUAGACAUUCUGUUGUUGCGCCCAUAACCUACAUUUAAGGUACCACUUAGCCCCUAGCUUUCAUAUCUUAGUUUCUAACACCGACCCCCAGGGAGCUCAGCAAAUUAAGAGCUGUUACGAGGUGUGUUAUUUCUUUUGUUAAAUUUGUAUCCUGCCUUUCCUCCAGGGAGCUCAAAGUUAUUAUUAUUGCUAUUAAUAUUAAUAAUUACCCACCAUUCACCCUAAGGUCCUAGAAUGGGUAGCAACCAUUUAAAAUACAGCUUGAAACAAAUUGCAGUCACAAUAAUAGAGUGGAUCUUGAAAAUAUUUAUCUCAAGUGCCAAAGGCUAGGGUAAAGGGUAUAUGUGGUUGUUCCUCACAACAACCUGGCGAGGUUGAGAGAUGGCGACAAGCCCAAGGUCAUGUAAGGAGCCUCAUGACUGAGUGCCGACUUGAACUUCCUAAUCCAGCAUUCUAACCCCCUACACCACACGACACCAGCCUUGCCCUGCUCUGAUGUGCACAAUCCCUCCCACAUCCCUUGAAAUGAUGGCAGCCCUUCUGUAGAGUGUGUGGCAGAGUGGAGGUAAAUGGGAGAAUCUGGUCCUACCAGACAGCCCCCGCCUCGUGAGACUGCUCACUCCAUGCCUUUGUCUCCAGGCCGUACGGUAGUGAAGCCCAUCGUCCCCUGGGAUUCGGAGGAUUCUCAAGAGGAGUUCCCAGCCCCCUGGGAAGUCAUGCUGGGGGCCACGGAGACAGCGGAGCAAGACUCCCUGCUGCAGCGCAAGUCAGCCCGGCGCUGCGUCAAGCAGAGGCCUUCCUAUGACAUCUUUGAAUCCUCUGACUCGGAAAAAGAGAUGGUGUCCGGCUCAGCCACGCAUCGCCGGAAAUCCUCCCGGGACUCAGGUGAGAGAGAGGGGGAGAAUUCAAGGCUGCUUUGCAUUAAUCCUGCGUGUAGAUAGCCCCGUGCACCAAUCCUACAAAGGAAUAAUGUUGCUGCAUGCUCAUUGGAACUUCCCAUGACAUUCGUGUGGCGGGCUCAGUGUGCCUUGCUGGACUUGCACCACAUCAAGUUAACUUUUCUGGAUGAUUUUGGCUGUGUGUGAAGCAGCCUUUGUUGUUCUGUAACUCUGUGGUUGUGUGAGCCACCCUACCCCAUUUAAUGGGCUUAGCUGAACCCUGCCCACCUCUUCCGUCUCAGUGGGGAACGAAUGCUCCGGGGAUGUGCCAUUGUCUGAGGCCUGCGAAUGGAGUCAGGCAGGAGUUCUUGCCUGCCACUACUCAUGGUAAUUCCCAAGCAUGCUGUGGAUGGGGGAUGGGGGAACCUUUGACCCUCUAAAUCAGUGUUUCUCAAGCUUGGGUCCCCUCCUGUUGUUGCACUACAACUCCCAUCAUUCCUAGCUAUCAGCACCAGUGGUCAGAGAUGAUGGGGAGUUUGUAGCCCAACAAUAACUGGGGACCCAGGGUUGAGAAACACUGCUCUAGAUUAUGUUGGACUACACCUUUCCCCAUCCCUGGCCAUUGGUCUUGCUGACCAGGGUGGAUGGGAGCUUCAGUCCAAGCAGCUUGCGGAGAGCCAAAGGUUCCUCAGCCUUGUGGGAAAGGUAGCUGAGUUGCUGUGCUUUCGAGGACAAGAACAGGACCUUACCCAGUUUAGGACUGAUCAAAGCUGACAGGGAAGAAAAGAGCUGGUUGACCGACAGUUCCUGCUUUCAUUUCCAGAUCUGCUUCCCAUGGACUCUGAGGAGCAGAGUCGGCCCCGCAGGACCCCCCUCCAGCCUGUGGUGCAGCUGAAGGCCAGAAAAAGGCCAGAGAAGGUGAGGCUUGGGCAAGGAUUAAGUCAGAGUGGGCAGGGACUAUCUCACAUUUGUUUUUUAAAAUGCAGCGGUUUUAUUGUGAGCCACAUUGUAUUCCACCAUUAUAGCCCUUUUUGGGCAGCGGGGGACAACUCAGCCCAAAUAUUUAGUGUAAAAAAGGGCUCAGUAUGACCCUUGUGCCUUUUGAGUGUGUGUAUGUGUUCGUUCCCAAUAUUCAAGUUGUUGUCUUUGGGAAGUGGCCAUGACUUCGAGGGCCAAAACCGAAUCUCCAAAGCAGGUCUUUAAAAACUUGCAUCUUUCAGAAGUCUCUAGGCUGCUGAGCUAACCCAUAGACAGUCCAGACUUUAUUUGAUGGCUGCUGAGGUUUGAUGAGAGGUUUUUCAGUUUUGGUGUUUCCUUGCUGGUUUUUUUUUAAAAAUAUUCUUCUUUUGGUAUAUCACUAGCUUUGAGCAUGACGAAAGCAGCCUAUAAAUGCAAAUUGGAGCUGCAGAAAAACACCCAGAAUUGUGGGGUGUUUCUAUUCAGGGUUCAGCCAGCUAGCCAACCAUGCCUUCCUUCAGAAUAACCUCUUCCAGGACUAGAAGCCCUCCAGCUGUCUCACCAUCCCUACUAUUGGCUAUGCUGGAGUUAGAGUCCAGCAACAACUGGAGGGACAUAGAAAUCGUGGUUUGUAUCCAGCUAAGAUUUGCUUGCAAUAGACCCAUUGAAAUUGGUGGACCUCAGUUGGUCAUGCCCAUUAAUCUCAGCAGAUACACUCUUGUGUAGAACUAGCCUGGGACACAACCUCCUGUUUCCUUUUCCUCUUGGUCUGAACCUUCACCCUGUUUAGGAAAAUGGCCACACAUUGCAUUUCCUGCUGGACUCUGUUCACUUGCCUCUCUGCCCCUUCCUUCCAUAGGAUGUCCCAUCCUCUGGCACACUCCCAUCUGUCUCCAAUGGCUGGAACGGGAAGCAGAAAUCCACAGAUGGCAUCCACAGACUCAGAGUUGAUUUCAAGGUGCGGGGUGGGGAGUAUCUUGUUUGAGAGAUGCAUCUUUGAAAUGAUGAUAUUGAAACACGAGACAAAUAAUGGGCCACAAAAUGCUCUUUUGGGCACCCCUGCACAUCUUCCUGCAAAAAUAAUAAUCAUCAAAGCCUUAAUCUGAUGUAACGCCUUUUUAAAUAUCUGCUUUCUGCUGGUGCGAUUCAAGCUCAGCCAACUGCAAAUGAGCCAGAACGCCCUAAAAUCUGCCCCCAACCUACCCCUCAUUCACAAAUCACACAUACCCAUUGUACUUUGAAGAGCACAGCUAUGUCUAACUUGAUGGUACUGCCAGAAAUACUCUGGCUUUCCUAGCUGCUUGGGAGCACUGCUUUUGUGCCAGCAGGGUGGGAAGAGAGAGGAGAGGAGGCUGCAGUGAGCUUAAAGCGAUGCAGUGGCCACAGGUCUUGGCAACCCCAGCCAUUUGUGGCCAAAGGCUAAGAAUGAUGGGAGUUUCAGUCCAGUAACGCUUAAAAGAGCCACAGGUUCCCCACCUCUGGGCUUGAUGAUCUCCAAUCCCUUUCAGUUGAGAGAUUUGCUCCAUGUAGCUCUUUUCACAGCUAUCCCUCUGCCCCCCCCCCUUGUGUACCUCGUAGGAGGACUGUGACCUGGAGAACGUCUGGCUGAUGGGCGGCCUCAGCAUCCUCACCUCGGUGCCGGUCACCACGCAGGUGGUGUGCCUGCUCUGUGCUAGCAAGGGGUUCCAUCAGGUAGGUCUUGAGGAAUGGGGUGAGGAUACCUGGAUUCUGGGAUUUCCAGCAUCUCAGUUGUGUGGGGUGGAGGGAAUGGAUUGCGAGCCCCAUUCAGAAGGUUGGGGAGGGGGGCACUUGAGGUCUUGUAUCCAAACAUAGAUAAAAACCUGCUCCUUGAUCUCAGGAACCAUUAUGCCUAAUUGGGAUACAAAUGCAUAGCAAAUAGACCAGGCCUUGUUUUGUAGAUGGAACAGGGUGGGGGACAUUGGGGUUGCUUCUAACUUGCAGAGAGUUUCCGGCUUCCGUGUACCAAAGCGCAUCUAAUGCAGCUGCCCACCAUGUGCUUUGCAGCUUGUGUUCUGCCAGGUGUGCUGCGACCCCUUCCACACCUUCUGCCUGGAGGAGGAUGAACAACCGUUGCCCGAGCAGGAGGAAAGCUGGUGUUGUCGCCGCUGCAAAUUCUGCCACGUCUGCGGUCGCAAAAACAAGGCAUCCAAGGUAAGGCGGAGUGUUUUCCCCCCAGUGUGGGAUCUGUGCAAGGGGAGGGUCUGUGGAAGUAAACAUGGCUGCUUACAGGGGCUGCACACCCCUCCCAUGCUCUCGUGAUCCCUACACAAAACACAGCUGGAGAUGGAAGGGGUGGCCUCACCACUUCAGGAAUGCAGGUCCCAAGAGAUUGCCCACAAAGCAAUGUAGCCCUAGACAUUUAAAAAAAGAAGAAAAAGACACCCCUGAACUAGAGUGUGAGCAAAGGUUUUUAGCAGCAUGCAAGGAAAGGGCAUAUCUAAGUGUUUUAAAGAGGAACAAGGAGGGUUGGGCAGUGUCUUGGUUGUCUAAAGAACAGGAAUGAGAGGAAUGCAUGACCCCAAGAUUUUACGCAUUAAAGGCAGGCAAAGUUAUAUCACAACAUCAUGGGGAGAAAUUUGGACAGGGAUGGUAAGGAGAAGCAUCUUUGUCAUGGUAUCUGAUGUCAGGUUUGAAAGGAUCCCAAGAACCUGAUUUCCCGGGUAGGUUCCUACAUGUGAAACCAAGAGCCGUGGCCUGCUCUGUGCAUUUUGGUCACCUCUGUAAAAGCAGAGGCAUAUACACCUGCUUUGCGUUGUUCUUUCCUGCCUGUCUUCUUUGCAUUUCUCAUUGGGAUUUCUGUCGUACCUGUGAUUAGUUGCAAUGAAUUCCUGCCCCAAAAAUGUGCGUAAUGGCCUACUUUCCCUCUCCUUGUUCCUCAACCUGCCGCAGCAACUGCUGGAGUGUGAGCGCUGCAGGAACUGCUAUCACCUGGCUUGCCUUGGGCCCAACUACCCCACUAAACCUUUCCGUAAGAGGAAGGGCUGGGUAAGUGUCUUGCAGAUUCCCGGCACCCCUCUAGUUCGGCAGACCCUUCCCUCGCUUGUGUUGCAGCUGCUAACCUGUCUCCUUCAUCCUCUCCCUAUUCAGAUCUGUUCGGCCUGCAUCCGCUGUAAGAGUUGCGGGACAGCUCCAGGGAAGAACUGGGACACAGAGUGGUCUAGUGACUACAGCUUGUGCUCUGCCUGCUCUGUGCUCUACGAUAAAGGUGAGCAUAGCAGAAUUGCCUGGGAAAUGCCAUGGGUUUCAGUUUGAGCUGUGCCAAGUAAGGCAUUGCGAAGGGGCUGACAUUCCACAAACAAGUUCACAUAUGUUGGAAUGAAACCACGACAGACGAGUGGCAGGUGUCAUAUGAGAGGCGUCUGCUGGGGCAAGCCCCGAGAACUCUCUUUUAUUGAAUAUUACAAACAUUGCCACAGGUGUGCUUGUGGCUGAUUGGUUGAUACAAACACAAAGCAACUUGUUGCUGAUUGGUUAACAUAAGUACAAGGCGGGAAUUACAUACAAACAUUAAUCACCGAUAGAUUAAAGGCUGGGAAACGGAGCUGGAACUAGACAGGCAUGAAGCCUCCUAAUUAAAUUAUAACUAAAGAUUGAUAUAGCAUGACUAAAACAGUUACUAAUGAUUGAUCAUAACAUGAAAGAAUAUAAUAAUCGAGUUCCGUAGAUGUGGUCAGCUGUGCAUUAAGAACAGGUCAUAUUGUUUGUUCAUGAACUUAAGAUGGACUGAGGAAUGAGGGAAUGUCUUGAUGUUUAGAACAGGUUUGUACAGUGUGUGCAGAAGCAGAGAAAAGAUUAUAAGCGAGACUUCCCAGAAUGCAAGAGAAAAGAAGCAAUAGUUCUCAUAGCAAGACUUCCCAUAAUGCCACAGUUAUGUGCAGAAAGAGAACUUCCCUUUACACAUAUUUUGCUCACACAAUGCGUGUCUUCCUUAGCCCUAGACAGCAAAGCCUUACACAGCACUGCGACCCAAAUAGUUGUUGUAUUCUUUCUUUCCUACAAGUUCACCCAUUUAUUUACAUUUUCAUCUGAAACUUCUCUUCCAGGGGCCUCUCCUCUUCUGGGAUUUAAUGGGCAGCUACUGGGGGGGGGGAGAGAAAGCCUUUUUGGGGGAUUGGCCCCUCACCUUUGCCAUGGCUUCCCCAAGGAGGCUUGCCAGAUCUCUAUUCUGGUGAUGUUCAGAUGGCAGGCAAAUAUGUUUUUGUUCUUCCUGGACUUUUAGAAAUCCUACAUUUUAAUUUUGCUUUUAAAAAAUUAUGCAGUUGAUGUAAAAGCUGUCCUGUUUGAGUUUUUUAUGUUUUACAAACAGCCUUGUACCUGGAUUCUAAGAAACCAGAACAUCAGUGGAGUUUUGAAAUUGGUGUUUAAGAUCUGUGCCAUUUUGAAAGCUUCAGUUUUAACUCAAAAUUGUAUCCAAUCAUAGACAGAAACCUGUUCCUUGAUCUCAGGAGCCAUCAUGUCAAAUUUGGGUGCAGUAUCUGAAGAGGUGUCCUGAUGCAUAGCGAACAGGCAAACAACUUUCCAAAGUGUAGAUUGAUGAUGCUGUUUAUACUACAAUUCAUUGUUUUAUAUUGAUUAGCUUACCUGAUUUUGGACUCAGAAGGUGUUGGAUAUAUACGGAGCAAAUAAAUAAAGGGGGAACGAAUACACAGCUCAUUUUGGGAGGGCUGAGAGAGGGCUUUGAAUCUCACCUGACCUGCAGAAGAAGAUUCCAUUAGCUUGUUCUCUGCCUCCCUCUUUUCCCAUCCAGGUAACUACUGUCCAAUCUGCUUGCACUGCUAUGAAGACAAUGACUACGAGAGCAAGAUGAUGCAGUGUGCCAAGUGUGACCACUGGGUUCAUGCCAAGUGUGAGGGACUCUCAGGUUUGUUCUGCUGCAUCACAGAUCCCUCUCCCUCCUUCACAUCUGCCUACCUGCUUACAUCUCAAAUGGCAGGGAGGAGAAAUAAUGUGGGGGAGAGUUGUGGCAGAGUCAGGAGAAGACAACAGAGGCAAUUGAGAGGCGAAUGCAGGCCGCAGCCUCUGUUAAAUUGCCUAUGAUAUGCUCCCCUUUUUGAUCUUCUGGCUAGGUCUUGCCCUUGACGGCAUACGCCUGCCCAUCUUGCUAGCGUUGGUGUGCGCAGCAGGGUGGCCUGAGAACAGCAUGACAGUCUUUGGGCUAAGAUUGGGCAUCUCUGAUGUGUUUCCACAGAUGAAGGCUAUGAGAUCUUGUCCAACUUACCCGAGAGUGUCAUAUACGCUUGCCGGCCCUGCUGCGGCAGUGACAAGGCCAAGUGGCGGGAAGUCCUCACCUUGGAGUUGCGCAAGGGUCUCCGCCAGGUGCUUCAGGGCCUGAUGAGUUCCAAGUGUGCCACCCCGCUGCUUCAGUGCACACAGGUAUGUUCUCUCCAGGGCAUGCAUAAAAGCAGGGAGUUGUGCUUUUAAAAUCACCGUUCUUGAUCUGGCUGCCCUACUGAAGGAGAUUUUUCUUGGCCCCAUUCGCAGGCACACUUUGGGUCUGGCUGGGCUGGAUGCAUCCGUGUCCAGCACUCUUCAAACACAGUCUCACUCCUUCCUUUGAUCUGGUUGCCCAUUCCUUGGCUAGGUGGGAAGAUGCUGGGAUAGCUCAGUCGGUAGAGCAUAAGACUCUUAAUUUCAGAUUCUCAGAGUCGUGAGUUUGAGCCUUGUGUUGGGCGAAAACAUUCCUGCGUUGCAGGAGGUUAGAUUAGAUUACCCUUGUGGUCCCUUCCAAUUCUAUGACUUCAGCUUUCCAUGAUAUUUGAGUCUGUAGGUUGCUUACCAUGAUAAAGGGGGGGGGGUUGUAAUAUUGAGUGACAUCCCUAAGGAUAAAAGGAAUGUAUUCCUUUACACAACUGCAGCAGCCAGAAUCGUAGUGGCAAAAAAUGGGAAAACUGAUAAAAUACCAGAAUUAUUAGAAUGGAGAACCAAAUUUCUUGAAUUCGCGGAGAUGGCAAAAUUAACAGCAUCAAUUAGAGGCUACUCUAAUCAAAAAAUUAAUAAAGAGUGGGAGUCCAUUAAGGAAUACAUGAAAAAAGUUGGUGCUGGAGUUUAAAAAUUAAUAUGCAAAAGUUUAAAAGGUGCAAGGAGAUAGGAUAAUAAUAUAUUACGGAUGGAAUAACAAAUAAAGUGAAUAACGCAACAAUAACAAAAAUAAUACUAGGUAAAGAAGAUCGCACACAGGUGAAGGGAAGUACUGGGCUGUGGGGGAGGGAAGUGAAGGGAUUAAUUGAAAUUGUUAAAGAUUUAAGAGAUUUAAAUUUUUAUAAAGAUUCUAUAAGGAAAGCAGAAAGCAGCAAGAAACAUCAAGUAAAGGUAUCAGAGAGGAGAUUAGUGUGAAUGAAAACAUGAGACUUAUGGUUUUGUUACAUAUGAUUUUAUUUUGGAGUUGUCUGCUUAUUUUGGAGUUGUUUGUUGUAAAGAAUGUAUAUUCUGUGAAUAAAAUAAUAAAGGAUAUGACAUUUGGGGGGGAAGAUAAGGGGGGGUAGAAUCUUAGAGCUUAUGGAAAAUGUUUUGAUUUAUUGCAACACAGGACCUUUAUGUCACAGAGUCCUUUGCAUGCUGUAGGCAGGGGUGGGGUGGAGGCUGCAGAACAGGUGGCAGUGCCCCAUUUUCCUCUGUCCUUUGCCAGUGCUGCCCAGAUGACGGCGUGAAGGUUCACCUGCGGCCCUGUGACCUGCGCACUGUCAACAAGCUGUUUGAACAGGGUCACUACUCGUCUGUGGUGAGUGUUGGGAGCAGGGCUUCCAGCCUGGCACGGGAGCAAGGCCUCUGACCUCGGCUGAGCUGCUUUCUCUCUUUGCAGCAUAGCUUCAAUGAGGACAUGGUGGGGGUCCUGCUGGGGCACACGGAGGAAGACCAGACUGGCCUUAUGGCAAAGGCACUCUACAUCGAGGUAACUCUGUACGAUCGGGGUUUGGUGGGGAGGAGGGAUGUGUGGUCUGGAUUGACCUAACGUAAAACUAACUUGAGUGGGAAUUGGGGGGGGGGGUGCAGGGGUGUUUGUGCACGUGCUCCACGUUGGGAGCACUUCCUCCCCUGCAAUUCGGCACAGCCUCUCUCCCUGAACAGCCUUGUGAUUGCCUGCUUUUUAUCUUUCCAGCUGAUGGAAAAGUUCUUCAGCUGGUUUGAUGCUCAGGAUGUAAAGCACUGGACCCGCAGCAGCACCCUCCCCAAGUGAGUGCUCAGGAGCUGAAAGCGCAGAAGUCACGCCUCCCCCUCACCAACGGUGUCCAUUCAGAGCCUCUCUGGUGCUUUUUUUUGGGUUGGGGGGGAAUUGCAGGCUUCAGACGCACCAUGGACCGCUGUGUGCAAUUCAGUAUGGAAGUUCCAACGACAUUUUGGGAAUCUGGAGAGGGGCUCAAAAUAGGAGCUGUGUACAAACUACAAAAACCUCCCAGGCCCAACAUAAUCUGUUUUCCUUGAAAUUUGCUGCUACUCCAAGUGAAUAGAGUGGGAAUUUGAAUUGGUUAUGGGCAUGGAAUAUACACAGCCUGGUCUCCUCUUCCUUUUUGUCACACUUUUUGUUUGGUAAAGUAACACUGGAAAUCUGUAUUCUCACCACAAUCUAAUCCCGAGUCUAAACCAUCAUAGGUGCAGAUGAGAGAUAAGAGGGUGAGAUCACAGUAAAUUCAUGGGGAUGGGGCAGACUUGGCCCUGUGUCUCCCAGUGGCAAGACUUUUUAUCUGUUCACAGCUCCCACAAUUGGCUUUAGAUCCUGUUCUUUUCUUACCACCUCCCCUUUUUAUUUUUGCAUUUCAGUCACUUGGCUUCAAGCCUGUUCUAUAUCUAUUCCUGCAGCCUGUUUCAAACUCCGAACUGGGGUUGCCUUAGAACCAGAGCUUCUGCAGCCCCUGACAACUUCUUCUUUUCUCCCCAACAGUGGCAUGCUUCCUAACGCUGUUCUGCCUCCCUCCUCUGACCACAUCUAUGCUCAGUGGAGGCAGCCUGAGGAGGUCAUCCCGGCUGCCAACAGCCACCUGGCUUCUACUGGGUCUGAAAAGACAGGUGAGAUUUUGGGUUUCAUCAGGCAUAGGCAAACUCGGCCCUCAGGAUGUUUUGGGACUACAACUCCCAUCAUCCCUGACCACUGGUCCUGUUAGCUAGGGAUGAUGGGAGUUGUAGUCCCAAAACAUCUGGAAGGCCGAGUUUGCCUAUACCUGGUUUUCAUGGAGUAGAAGCUGUCUCUCUACAUGCAGACUCCCUUGGUUUUUACAAUUGCCCAGGAGAACUUUGGCUGCUGCCGUUCUCCUGCUAGAAGGGAACAUAAGAAGCUGCCUUAUACCAAGUCAGGGCAUUGGUCCAACUAGCUCCAUAUUUUCUAUACUGACUGAUAGUGAACCUCCAGGUAUAAAAUAGGUCUCUCUUAGCUGUACCUGGAGAUGCUGGGGAUUCAACCUGGGAUGUUAUGCAUGCAAAGCCAUGUGCACUAUGCUUGAGGCUUGUCACUCUGUAUUUCCUUCUUUCUCUCCUGGUUCCCUCUACAUCAGGGUUUCCCAGACUUGGGCCUCCAGCUGCUUUUGGACUACAAUUCCCAUCAUCCCUAGCUAGCAGGACCAGCGGUCAGGGAUGAUGGGAAUUGUAGUCCCGCUGUUUUUGGAGACCCAAGUUUGGGCAACUGCUCUACGUCAAAGGUUGGAAACCCAUGGCCCUCCAGUUGUUGUUGGACUCCUAACCUCCAGCAUGGCCGCUGGGGAUGUGUGAUGGGAGUUGAAGUCCAGCGAUAUGCAGAGGGCCAGAGAUUCCCCACUCAUGCUCUGCACAGAAGAUCUCUGUUUCCUUUCUGGAAGAUGCUCUCUGAAGGGAUGUUGAGGGGUGGGGCUUCUUGCCCUCCAGCGGUUGGAGCUCAAUGCCUAACCGCUUUCCUUCUCUUCCUGUAGCUGGGAAAGACUCAGAACAUGCCGUGCUGCAGCAGCCAUUGGAUGACCCUGAGGACAAGAGACAGUGUGCCUUGUGCCUCCAGUAUGGAGAUGCUCCUUCCAAGGUAAGACUACACCCUUCUGCUUUGAUAAAAACAUAAGAAGGACCAUUCUGGAUCAGACCCAAUGGCUUGUGCAUCCUGGCAUCCCUGUUCCCCACAGUGGCCAGUUGAGAAGCCCAAAAGCAGAAUGUGUGCACGAUAGAGCCCUCCUGCUGCUGUUGUUGCUCUAGUGCAGGAGUUGUCAACCUGGUCCCUACUGCCCACUAGUGGGCGUUUCAGGAUUCUAGGUGGGUGGUAGGGGGUUCUACGGCACAAGCCGAAUCCUCCUUCCAUUGAGCACUGGUGGGCGGUGAGGAAAUUUUACCAUCAAGAAAGAUGCAUUAGUGGGCAGUAGGUAUAAAAAGGUUGCCUACCCCUGCUCUAGUGACUGGCAUUCUCAGGCACACCGUCUCUCAGCCUGGAACUAUGUAGCCAUUGGGGCUAGUAUCUUACCGAUGGAAAUUGUCCUAUCUGCACCUUUUUGAGGCUGUAUUGAGAGCAUAAGGGGAGAAGUGUGGGAGAACCAAAUCCACUGGCUUUGUAGGGUGGUUUUGUUUGUUGUUGUGGAGGAGGCAGCUGAAGUGGAGGAUUGGACAGGGCCAGGAAAUCUAUAACCCCUGGAUCCUGUCUCGUGUCCGGGAGGUGACCAUCUGAACCCCUUGCAAAUCCCUUCCUCGGGGCUAGACCUUGAGGUGUUGCCUUCCCCCUCCCUCUUCAACAUGAGCUCUCUUCCUGCCCUCCAGGACGCAGGGAGGCUGCUGUACAUCGGCCAGAACGAGUGGACGCACGUCAACUGUGCCAUCUGGUCAGCCGAGGUCUUUGAGGAGAACGAUGGCUCCCUGAAGAACGUGCAUGCUGCCGUAGCCCGGGGUCGGCAAAUGGUGAGUUGCACUUCUCUCCAUUCAGCUCCAUAGAAGAGGGGAUAGGACCAGACCCUCCUUGUGGCCAGAGCUGGAUUUAUGUACAGUGGUACCUCGGGUUUAGUACUUAAUUCAUUCUGGAGGUCUGUUCUUAACCCGAAACUGUUCUUAACCUGAAGCACCACUUUAGCUAAUGGGGCCUCCUGCUGCUGACGUGCCGCUGGAGCACAAUUUCUGUUCUCAUCCUGAAGUAAAUUUCUUAACCCAAGGUACUAUUUCUGGGUUAGCAGAGUCUGUAACCUGAAGCAUAUGUAACCCGAGGUACCACUGUAUAAGCUAAACAAGCUAUAGCUUAGGGCCCCACUCUCUUGGGGGGGGCAGAAAAAUUUAAAGGGAAAAAAACCUGGAUGUAUAUUUCCAAAAUAUAAGAUAAAAAACAAAUAAAAUAAAACCUACAUACAGCAACCGUGUUUUGUGUUGUGUAUGGACCUAUAGCAUAUAUGUAACACAAAAAACAGUGACAAUUUGUUGUUGACAAAGGACAGCUGGACAUAUAAAGGGCCUCAUUAACUUCAGUAGCUUAGGGCCUCAUCAAACACAAAUCCGGUCCUUCUUGUGGCCUCAGUAGAAUUCCCACUAUAAGCGAGGGUCCUGAAAACUUGAUUGCUGAAUAGGAGCAGGGAAACUUUUAUCGGUCCACAUUGCCACAAUUCAAAGACACGUUCCAACCAGGCAAAAGUAUUCAAGGAAGAGGGCAUGGGAAGGGAGCCUCGUGAUAGUUGGACUCAGGGGAGAUGGGGGCGGAGCCUAAGGAGGGUUCUGUGGGCCAGAUAGAGAGGCCUGGGGGCAUUUGCUCUUGAACCCGAGGCCCCCCACCCCUGCUGUAGAGGACCGAACUAGCCUGCUCCUGAAGCGACCCACUGAUGCUACCCAUAUUUCAGCCUUAGUUUUGCAGUCACUGCUGCUCAAAACCUUUCUUUAAAAGUCGAUCUCUGAGAUUCUUGGUAUGCUGAAUUUUGCUCCAGUAAUUGAAUUUCCACAAUUGCACACAGCAUAUGAAUAGCGAUGUGGACAUGAUGGUUUAACAGCUGUCCAGUCUUUUUCGUCAGCCAGAUCGUAUCUUCCCUUUACCCGCUUCAUACUUAGAGCCUCCACUUAAAUUAAGAAUCAAAACUCCUCUCCCUCCCACCCCCCACCCCCCCGGCCAGGGUGGAGCUGAAAACUCCUUCCAAGUGUUCACCGCUGUGAGAACAGUGCUUGGAUAUUACUACAGAUCUUAUCAAUCAACUAGAAAGUCCCAGCAAGACUGCAUCGUCAACAUGGCUGCUUUCUGCAUCUGAUUGCAUUGAUGUGUAGGGUGAUCUUGAUGAUGAGGAGAAGAGAGGAAGGAAUGGGGUGUUCGGAGUGCAUGUUUGUCUCUAUAAUGUGUGUAUAAAUGCCCUCCCCAAAUUACAUCUUGGUCAGAAAUGAAUGCAGACUGAUGAUUUUGCUCCUUGAGGACAUUUUGGCCCUCUGCGUCUUUGCUUAGUGCCACACACUUUAUCCCUUGCCCUGCUGCAGUGGCGUUCCUUCCACACCUUUGGCAUACCUGUCUCUUCCCCCCCCCCCUUAGCGCUGCGAACACUGUCAACGUACGGGGGCCACGGUUGGCUGCUGCCUCUCCGCGUGCAUCAGCAACUACCACUUCAUGUGCGCUCGCCUCUGCCAGUGCACCUUCCAGGAUGACAAGAAAGUCUUCUGCCAGAAGCACGUUGACCUCCUGGAUGGGACGGUAAGUGGGGAGGGCACCAUCAGGCUUCCUGUCGCCUCUGGGAUGAGUGGGUCAUGGGUGGGAUAGUUCUGUUAGGCCUGGCAUCUUGAAAACAUACGUAAAAUGUAAUUUUGGAGAGUUGUGUCUUCUGAAGCUUGGUCACUGCAAAUUGAAUUUAAGAGGGUCCCUUGGCCAUGUUGUCUGCCUUUUUAGGAGAUAGUUGCUGAAGAUGGGUUUGAUGUCUUGCGCCGCGUCUACGUUGACUUCGAGGGCAUCAGCUUUAAGAGGAAGUUCAUGGUGGGCCUGGAGCCAGACACCAUCAACAUGAUGAUAGGUAAUUAUAUGGGGACAGGGCAGGAGAGCAGCACUUUGCUAUGCAAACACUGUGGUCCAGAGUAGAUGGGAUUUUCUCCUCUAGCAAGUGGGUGGUUCUGCAGUUGAACAUGCAGGGAAUAGGAGGGACCAGCUUGCUUCAGAAUGGAGCGGAAGAAAUGGAUUCAUCACCGCUCUUUGCUCCUUGUAUCUGUCACGCUUCUGUUCUGGCAGUGUCUGCGCUGGUUAUCUCAAACACCAGCAAAUAAGCUUGUUGUUAAUACUUAAUGGGAGCAGGGAGAGAGAGGGAGGGAGGGCCUCGUCUUCAAGGGAAAAAGUAAACUCUGAAACCAAUGGGGUGGAGAAACAUUUGUCCUCUCUGAACUAUAUCUUAGAUUGCAUCCUGUCCCAUAGUGCCAAUGCCUGCUAAGCCAAUCCCUGUCUGUGCCUACACCUUGAGUUCCUGCAUCUUGGCUAGGCCCAUUCUGGGAACCCAGAAACUAACUUUCUUGGUUCCCUUGUAGACGGAGUGCAGGAUGCCCUAAUUUAGCCUCUCCAGAGGUGCCUAAAAGGCAGAAAAUCUAAGCAACUAUUCUUUAUCCUUUCCCUUUGCUCAUGCGCUAAUUACCAUGGGGCACCGUCCACUGGGACACCCUCAGGUGCAAACUCCGUUGAACAGAGGCUUCUGCAGCAGAACUCCCCAGUGGGUUGUAUCCAUUAGGUCUGAUAGGUUUUUCUCUCUCUCGUGCUCUGCCAUCCUUAAUAGCCCCCCUAACCCAUGUCCUGAGGCAACUGCCUUUCUGUUAGCCUCAUUUUUGCUCUGCUUCUGGCUCUCUGCUCAGUGUAUUUCUGCUUCCAGGCUCCAUGAAGAUUGACAGCUUGGGGAUGCUGACAGAUCUGUCGGAGUGCGAGGGACGCCUCUUUCCCGUAGGCUACCAGUGAGUAUCCGCAUUAAAGUUGGUAGCAACCUCACACCCACCUUAAGUGACAAAGGAAGAACAAUCCCAUGCUAGCUGUCCUGAGGAUCGUCGCCAGGGGAGCCGCUAUGGGGGGGGGUGUAUGGGUACGAGAUGGCUUUUGGCAGGGGAUACCCAGAAGAAAAGGACUGGGCAACUGCUUCUGUGCCACACUGCUUCAAAAUUCUCUGCCAGCUUUAGGAGUCCUCACAGCAUUUGGGGCCGUUCCUUCAGCUCUGAUUUGGUCAAGCAUGAAGAGCAAGACCCAGUUUCCAAAAUCACAUUGAGACCACGUUUUCCUCUGAAAUCAUGCUAAAAUCAAAUUUACUGAGCAAGUAAUGCUUGCCUGUUGCAUUUUAUUAUGAUGUCGAAAGACCCCAAACUCCUUUUUAGGCAGUCAGAAUCCAAGAGCACUCAACACAUGGAAGUUGAUCCGGCUGCCUUCACUGUGUGCCCAGGAUUCCUGGAUUUCACCCAUGUGAAAAAGGGCUCAGGUGUCCUAGGUGGCCUUUAGACAGGCUGCUGCCUUGACUGUCCACACCACUGAAGCUAAUUGCACUCUUUCCAGGGAGCUGCACUCAGUCCUGGCUCCUGGAUCUUACCUGUGUGGUGCCUGCUUUUGCAAGCACUGGUUUGUUGCAUUCACACUGCACAUAUUUGGGUAUGGAUGGAUCUUGAGAGAGACACUCAAGAAUUGAAAAUGCAAUUUGUGUCUGAAGCAUCCCUUGGUGGUUUAUGUACUGAACAUUUUGAGUAUUUAAUAGGAAGGGAGGUGUGUGUUAAUGUCGCUCUCCUCUUAAUACAGUAUUAAAUUAAUGGUAUCAGAAAACUUUUCUACUGUGGUUGCUGCUGUGCGGAUGUUUGCAGCACUGCAUCCCUCAAGUAACCUCUCCAGAUGAAAAAUCGCCCACCAUUUGCCUUCCUUAAAAGGAUUGUCAUACAGUUUCCCAUUUAGAAUAAUUACGGGCUAGUGAAAUAAUAGAAAUACAGGUUUUAAAAAAUUGUUUCGAUCCUUAUUUUAGUUUAAACCCGUUCAUUUUAUCUGGCAUGAAGGAUUCUACUGAAUAGAUGCUGAAGCAGAUACUAUCUUAGCAUGGAUUAGCUUACCUUUUACGCCAUCCUCUUGGCAGGGUGGCUCAAGAGAAGGGAGGGACUUUAUCCUCCUCCACUUCUCCUUGGGAGCUUUCAGCACGUUUCUUAUGGUUAAAGCAUCACCUGCUACGGGGAUGGUGGGUGUGAAACCAGAAUGUGGUCGUUAUUCCAAGUGGAUUAAUGCACAGUGUGGUGUGUUUAGGUAUCUGCACACAUGGCAUGGGGGAUUAUUUGCAACCACUCUUUUCCUUCCCUCCCAUUUUUUAAAUUUUACUGAUUGGAAAAUGCUUGUAACCGAUCUCUGUUUUCCCCUCUUUUAACACGAAUGAGGGCUGUGUAGGAUGCAGUUCAGGAUGCUCUGCAUCUCACCGCGGCCAAUCAGAUAUUGCGUAGCUGUAACAACAUACAAGAUUUGUAGCAUAAUGCAGCUACAUGGGUCACAGCAGCCUUUGCCAACCCGGUGCCCUCUAGAUGUUUUUAACUACAACUCCCAGCCACAUGCUGGGAGUUGGUGAAGGCUGGCUUUCAGGUCCCUACCCAGUAAACUUCUAAAUAGCUAACAUCUUUUAAAUUUGCUGUUACAACAUUUAUUCCCCAACUUUUCUCCAGAGAGCUCAACUUGGAGGACAUGGUUCUCCUUGUUAUCCUCACGACAACUCUCUGAAGUAGAUUAGAGUGGGAGUUGGAGACACCCAGUGAGCUUCAUGGCCUAGUGGGGAUUUGCACUCUGGUCUGCAAGGUCCUAGACCCAAAACUCUAGUCAUCACACCACAUUGACACUCAACAUAUUCCCCAGCUGUCAGAAACCACUCUUGCAGUUAUACAGAAGGAUGGGCCUUGGUUUCAGCUGCCAUGUAGAUUCUUUAAAAGCUCCAUAACAACCAGAACCAGAAAGCCGUCUUUCUCCUUUGCCCUCUCCACAGUCUUCUCUCAUUUGCUUCUUGCUGUGUUCUGUCUAGCAAGAGCCAUGGAAGUGUCUCCCAUUUAAUUGUGCAGGAUUUUGCCAGACUUGGGAAGAGUUUCCCUGCCUUUGAAAAAGGACAAAAGAUCCUAGCAAUCCUCUGCAGUAGCACACACAACCUGGGAAACUUGUUUUUCAGCAGGUAUCCCUUUCCCUUUCUUUAAAAGGGCAAGGCAUGUCUCUACCUGAGGCCUGGGAGCCAACAUGUCUGCUUCCACUUCUGAGGUGCUCAUAGGAAGGUUGACAGUCAUUCUUGUUAUGCCAGUGCCCUGCAAUUGUGGACUGUGGUGCACAAAGAUAGCUGCUCUUUACACAGCCUCUGAAAAUGUUUUCCUGGUUGUGUGCCUUUUCUUCCCUCUGGCUCUUUAAACGUUUGCUUUCUGGAACUGCACUUGGCGUCCAUCUGGCAAAAGCAAAUCAAAUGUCACAUGAAAAUCUCUGGUGCUUGCUUCCUCUCUGCUGGUCAGGCAUGAAGAGAUGAGGGAAAUUCUUUUUUCCCCCUCUGAAGUUGUGUGAAUUGCUCUCUCUCUCUUCCUUCCUUCCCCAAACUGGUGGUCGCCGGAUGUUUUGGACCAACUCCCAUCAGUCCCCGACCAGCACAGCUGAAGGGAUAUGCCAUCUGGAGCCCACCAGGUUAGGGAAGGCUGAAGUAUCUGCUGGAAUGUGCCAACAUUCACAAAUCGGUUUUGCAAAACCUUGGAGCGGGGCUUGUUAUCUGUUUAUGAAUAAUCUGCUCCACCCAUGGUGAACCAUCUAAAGGCCCUACCCAAAGAAUGGAGAACGUGUGGCCUCAUCUGUGAGGUCAGGCUCCAACUCCUAUCAUCCCCAGCCAGCAUGACCAGUGGUCAAGGAUGAUGGGUAUUGGAGUUCAAUAACUUCUGGAGGGCCACAGGUUCCCCAUCCUUAAUUCAAAUGCCCUAACCGCUAGGCAUUUGCCACCAAGGAUAGGAGGCCACUUGGUUGCAAUGGGGGCUGAUCCAUUGGGGCAAAUGGGGCACUGCCUCACCAACCUUCCCCUUGAGGUCUCCUAGCCCACCUGUGGCCUUACUUGCAACCAGUCCAAAGGGUGGCUCUGGCUGUCUUGCUUCUUGCACCUUUGCCUCGGCGUUACCCAUGUACAACUAAGUAGGGGCAGGUGCAAAACUUAGUUGGCUCUGCCAGUCAUUGGUUCCACUUACUGUUAGACUCCUUGCUUUCCUCCCAGCAAUCCUGCGCCACUGCUUUGAGCAAGCAGCCCCAUGGCAGCCAGAAGGCGAUUCUGAUGGGACUGCCUUUGUGUUCCUUCCACCUCCCAGGUGUUCCCGUAUUUAUUGGAGCACGGUGGACGCCCGCAAGCAGUGCUGGUACAAGUGUCGCGUCCUGGAGUACCGGCCGAAGCUGAGUCAAGAGGAGCCUGAUGCCUCGGGAGUGCAGGAGGAGAACCACACGAUAGUGCACAGCCCAGCUGCCCCUGCAGGUAAGGGGAUCUGGGAUGUGCAGCUGGGCUGGCUUUUGGAUACCGUCAUCCUCUCCAUCUGCAGUAGGAAGUCUGGGUGGCGAUAAGUUUUCCUGCCCACUUGCAUGUUGUGGGGGGAUGCUCUGCAUCCAGCUUGACCUGACAAAGAGGUUAAAAGUCAAACACGUUAAGCCAGUUUAGUGGUUAAGCUACUUCUCUGGGGCAAAUAUUGGAGCUUACUAGUCCAUCCUUUCUGCUCAAAACCGGAAUACAGUCAUGCCUUGGUUGUCAAACGCCUUGGAACUCGUAUGUUUCGGCUCCCGAACGAUUGAAAACUGGAAAUGAUUGUUCCAGUUUUCGAAUGAUUUUCGGAAGCCGAACAUCCGGCACAGCUUCCAAUUCAGUACAGGAAGCUCCUGCAGCAAAUCGGAAGCUGCACCUUGGUUUUUCAACGGUUCCGGGCUCCCGGAACGUAUUCUGUUUGAAAACCAAGGUUUGGAGUUGGGGCCUGUCGCCCUUCAAAGUUUAUGGGCUCCAACUCCCAUAAGUGGGGGGGCGGGUGCUGGGAGAGAAAAAUAAGAGCAAAUGUAUAUAAGAGUACAGGUCUUCAGCCCAUGUAGACCAAAUGGGCAAAUAAUCUGUUCUGGAAUAAGGCGAUUUUCUUGGUUCUGUGCUGUCUUUUCUCAGCACAAAGCCCACAGUAAGGGUUGCCGGCUUCUGGGCCCUGCCAUUGCCAUGCAUGGUCUCUUGUCAUGUGCCUUUUCAUGUUUUCAGAUCCUAAACUUGGGAAUGAGCAUCUUCAGGAUGUGCCCCCUCCACUGCCGCCGCUGGAGCGCCACUCACCCGCACAGAACCCAGGGCCUCUGCCCCCCCCGGAGUCUGCAGCCUCCAAACACAGGUCUCUCACUGGAGCUCGCAUCAAAGUGCCCAACUACUCCCCUACUCGACGACCCAUAAGUGGGGUGUCAUCCCGCCCGCUGCCUUCUCCUGGUGAGUAGCUUUAAGGCCACGUAGGCAGAGUAGGCAGCACAAAGGCGUCUGAAAUGGAGGCCAGCAGCUGGAUGCUCCAAGUCCAAUUCUUGCUUUGAAACAAGGCUAAUGGAACAGGAGAAGCAGGAGAGGAGCAUUAGCGAGCGCAGGGAGAAUGGGGCAUGAGCCCAUUGGUGAUCAGAGAUGGGGAGAGGUUCUGGCAUGCCUGUGCUUUACUGCAGUCCUUUGCAUGUGGGUUGUGAUAUUGUUGUGUCUGAGUGGUUGGCUGAGAGAGAGGGUGUUUGAGGUAGACCCUGGGAAGCCCUGGCCAGUCAGCGUAGACCAGGGGUGAGGAACUGCAAUGGCUGCAUUCCUGUCUGGGCAACUUUCCAAAGACCACACACCUGGGGUUGGGGGGCAGAGACAAAUAUGGGCAGAGCAACUUUGCCUUUGUUCAGUAGUCUGGUUUCUACAUACACAAACACCUCUUUCUAUCCAGAGGCCUUACCAGAGUUUAAGGGCGUAUUCCAGCUGGGCAAAAGCACUCUGGGUGUGGAAUGGGGCCAGUGAUAGAAUUGUAGAGUUGAAAGGGGACCCCGAGGGUCAUCAAGUCCAACCCCCUGCAUCCAUAACAAAUGGCCAUCCAUGUGUUGCCUGAGGAGUGUUGCCAGAGCCAGAGAGAGCGGCCUGGAAGGUGGCAUUCAGACCUCCGGCCUGAGCUUCCCCAUCCCAAUACUGAGCUAGACAGACACAGUGCUCUGACUCCAAACAUAGGAAGCCGCUGUCUACUAGGUUCCUCAAAAGUUGCAAGUUAUCACAUGGAGGAGGGAGGCGAGUUGUUCCCUGUGUGGCUAGUGCAUUUGUGCAUCUGCCUGUUUUGCUUCCCACCCCCUGUUGACGUGCUCUUCCUGUUCCCUCCACCACAGGGAGCGCAUCAUCCAUGUCCCACCACAUCUUGACGGUGGGCGACCCCGACUUCCCCCCUCCACGCCGCACGCAGCGCCUCAGCCCCCUGUCUCCCAGCAGCGUCCCCCACGCCCACCGCUCCCCCCUCCCGCCGCAAGCCGCUGCUAGCAACAGGACUAGUCCCCCCAGCACCUCUCUCAGGGCCAUGCCGCCUCUCCCGGACAACCCCCUGGCGGGGAGCGGCUUCAGGCAUACUUCUACCUCUGACGGGCAGCGCCCCCUACCUACCUCACCCCCUCCCUCGCCCCCGCCCGUCCCGCCAGAGCUGGCUUUCGAGCUCAACGUCUCCGACCUGGAGUUUGACGACAGCCUCCUGGACGAGCCUUUCCAGGAGGAGGAGCUGGGCGUGCCGCGAGCCUGCCCAUCGCCCAGCCUGGAGCUGCCCCAGCUGGACGGCCUGGGCGACGGCGAGAGCGAGGAGGAAGGGGAGGCCAGCCGCUACUUCCGCUUCCCCCGCACGGUGGUAACCCGGGAGCCGCCCCUGCCUCCGUACCCACUGGACCUCCCUCUGCCCCACAUCCACCAGCUCGACGGCAUCGACGAUGGGACCGACAGCGAGGCGGACGGGGCAGGGGGCCACCCUCCGGCCAAGGGCAAGCAAGCGGAGCCGAGAGUCGAACGGGAGCUGGCUGGCCCUGCUCCUGCGCCGGAGGACCUGCCCUCGGACAUUGUGGACUUCGUCCUGAAGAAUAUGGACACGCCGGAGAGCAAGGCGCCGCUCUCCUCCUGCCUCAACCAGGCGGCCUCGCCGCCACCAGCACCCCCUACCUCUGCCAGCCUCAACGGCACCGAGGCAGCCCACCCCAGCCCCGCUCCAGACCUGGCCCCGACCCUGGCUUGUGCCCAGGUGCCAGGCACCCCUGAGGUCAAGCUGCUGGGACCCGAGGGGCAGCUGCCCGGCUCCAGAAUCAUCCUCGUAAACAAGCUGGGACAAGUGUGCAUGAAAGUGCAGGGGGAGGAAGGCGCCUUGAGCACCCCGGACGGGGAGCAGGCCUCCGGCUGCAAGGCCGUGCCAAGCCCGGCACCGCCACCUCCUGCGCCCGUGCCCAACCUUGGCGCGGUCAUAUUGCGAGCGCCCCUGGGCCUCACUUCCAGCCCUUUGCCCACGUGGACCAUCCGGGGCCCGGUGCUCAGCAUGGUGCCCAUGAUGAACGUCGUAGGCGCCACCCCUCAGGCCGUUGGCGGGGGCCAGCUGGCACUGGGCACUCCAGCUCUGGUGACGCCCUCGCUGGGGAUCCCACAGACGUGUCUACUUCAGCCAGUGGCUGUGAAUUCUGGCGUGCUCAGCAUCCCCGGCUUGGUGUCCUUGCCGGGCCCCCGGCCGGCCAUCCGGGUCAAGAGGGUCUCCACCUUCGUUGGAAGCAUGCCUCUCAAGAAGGCCAAGGUGGACGGCGCCAACGAAGAGGAGCCGCUGCCCGUGUCGCCCACCGUCACGCCGGAUCACUUGGUGAAUAACUGCAUUUCUGGCAGCACGGCGGGCUCAGGGUAAGUGCAAGCAUGUGAUCUCUACACUCUUAAGCAUGGGAGGGCUAAGGAGAAGGAGUGGUCCUUUGUGGGUUUGUACUUCAGGCCAAGCAUGGCUUCUCUGGAUUUAUCUGGGUAGCCCCCAAGCUGUGUGUUUUGUUUGUGCCCGUGUUCACAAGGCCUUCUUUCCCUGCAGCUUGGGAAGGGUGCGGAUGAAGACCCCCACAGCCAAGGGCGUCCUUGACCUGGAUGCGCUCAAAGAGGAGGCAGGCGCUGUCGGCGAGAGUGAGCUGUGAGUGUGCGGUUGGAGGCUGCGGAAUCCUGUUCCUUGCCUGCCGCAGGGUUUUUAAAACAGCCCUUCUUUCUUCCAUGCCCCCGCAGGUCUCCGAUGGACCAUUCGCCCUCCUUCGCAGCGUUACAUUCCCAUCCUGGAACGCCGGAACCAAACCAAGAGGCUCUGCUGGAGCCAGUCUGGCAUAGAUAUGCAGGUACUGGGAUCUCUUGCCUGCCCCGCUCUGCCUUCAAAAUAAGGGUGGUCGGUGCUGAGCUGGGAGGCUGUGGGCUGACUCCCGGCGUACAGAACCAGGGAUUAAAUGUCCACAUUUGCUGUAUCGGGCAAAUUGCUGUGCACAUGGUACUAAGAGCCAGGGUGGUGUGGCGGUUGAGUGUGUUGGAUUAAGACCAGGGAGACUUGAGUUCAAAUCCUCACUCACCCCUGUAACUUGCUGCAAGUCAUCCUCUCUCACCCUAACCUACCUCACAGGAUAGUUGUGGAGAUUGAGGGUGGGACGAACUUGAAGGAAGAGACAGGAUAGAAAUAUAAUAAAGCAUUAAGCAGCUAUGUAUCUCUUGUUCAUUUGUUUUUAAUGGCGUGGGCAGCUACCCCUUUCAAGUUCCUUUUAGAGAUGUGUAUCUCAAAUCCCUACAUUGCACAUCAGAUUUUAUUCACACCAGCUUUCUCUGGUGUGAAAUCCCUCUCUAGCUGUCUGCACCAUAUUUAUUUAUUCUCAAUUUUAUAUUUGUUAUGUGGUACGUGGCUCUGGUGCAUUUUAUGUUAAGCAGUAUAUAAAUUUGUGCAAUAAGUAAAAAUAAAAUAAAUGGUGUUAUAUAUACAGUUGCUUUUUGUAAGCUGCUCUGGGAGACUGUAACAAAGGCACGGAAUAUGAAUACUGUAAAUCAGUUUCUAUACAGAAAGUGGGUUGUACCCAAGCGCUGCUCAAUGUAGACCCUUCACAAUGAACGGAUCUGUCUAGUCAUGCACAUUAAUUUCAAUGGGGCUACUCUUAAAUGUGACUAAGGAUACGGACUGCAGUGUUCCAGCCUGCAUACCAGAGUUCAGAAAGUGAAUCCUGGACCUGACAGGUCUCUGCUUUGUGAGCUUGGGUUUUUAUUUUAACCCUGCUGUAAGUCUAUUCCUUCCUGUGAAUUAAGCCCUUUCCCACAGAUGAUGACUCGACAACAGCAGAGCUAAUACGCCUGGGCCUCCUGCUCUUUCCCCCCCUUUUUCUCCCCUCCCAGGGGAUCUCUCCAGCUCAGACGAGGACAAUCUGAAGCAGGAGGACAAAGAGAAUGAGAUGCCCCGCAAAACGCAGCCCCACCUGUGCUUCGAGAUCACCAGCGAGGACGGCUUCAAUGUGCAGGCUGACAGCAUAGAUGGUGAGGAGGAGAGAAUCACAUCGGUGGUAACGUUCCUUUGGACCUCUAGCCUCUCAGCUGGCUGGCUGUAGUUGUGCUGCUGAUGCUGCUGGAAAGAGGGACACACUCCGCAGACAACUGGGGGAUUGUUUUUAUCCUGGCUACAAGCAGGAAUUGUGUUAUGCGUUGCUCAGGGAAGCCAUAAGAGACUCUGGGGAACAGCAACACCUUGGACCUCCUUUACCCAGUGAUACCCUUCUGAUAAUUAUUUUGCUUUGGGUCAGAUGCCUGCCUCUUACAGAGUAAAUCAUGGUUGCCUUCUCCAUGUUUAGGUGCCUGGAAAGCAGUGAUUGAGAAGAUUCAGGAGGCCCGCACCAAUGCCCGGCUCAAGCACCUCUCCUUUGCAGGUAAUAAGGUCCUGUUUGAAGGCUUCCAAUGGGCAUCUGGCUGGCUGCUGUGGAUGUUGGACUAGAGGGCCUUAGGCCAGAUCCGGCAGGACUCUUACUUGGUUCAUAGGUUGUUCUGUUCUGGUUGGAAAUUACUUUGCCGCUCCCAGGCUAGCCUACCAGUCUUUUGGCUUUUUCAGUUCAAGGCCCAGAGACAAUAGAAAGGGGAACAAUCUCUGGGAGCAGAAAACUGCCCAGAAUAGCUGUUCCAAAAGAGGGAAGACUAUAAGCAUAGGAGCGCUACAGAGGUUGUAUGUUCCAAAUAAAUAAGAGAGCAGAUGAUGUAGAAAAGCAGAAGCGGGAAAAGCACAUCAAGAAAGCAAAAUUUGCAUUGGCGAGGAGGUUUCUGGGGCUCUGUUCGGAGGCUUUGGGAUAGGACUGGUUCUCUUGUAUUGAAAGGGUGACUGGGUGCUGAAUCUUAGGUAUUAUUGACUUUUCUGGCAGGGAUGAACGGGGUGCGGCUGUUGGGGAUGCACCACGAUGCCGUCAUCUUUCUGGUGGAACAGCUGUAUGGUGCCAAGGCCUGCCACAAAUACAAGUUCCGGUACCACCAGCAUGAAGGCGAGGAGGAGGAGCUUCCGCUCAACCCUCAUGGCUGUGCCCGAGCAGAAGUCUACGUCAGGUGAGGAAUGGCCUUGCUUUCUCUCUGGGGAGGAGGAGUGGACUGCAAAUUUCUCUACCGCCCUUCAUCCGUGGAUCACAGGGCGGUUUACAAUAUGCCAGUUGGAUCACACACCUCUCUGAAUUUUGCACAGGGCAGUUGCAGUGUGCAAAGGGUGUGUGCAAUCAUAUAUAUUUUACGUAAAAGAAGAGCAAAAUGCAUAUUUUACAGAUGAAUGCAUUGAAAAGAUUGAUACAGAUGCAUUAAUUUGUAUAAUUUGUUGUGAACUGCCCUGAGAUCUAUGGGUAUAGGGCGGUAUACAAAUUGAAUAAAUAAUAAAAAAGUAAUCAAAAUAUUUGUGUUCUUUUAGAUAAAAUGGUAUGUGUUUUUUUGCAUUUUUACACACUGAAACUACUGUAAAAGUGCAUAGAAAAGGCAUACAAUUUAAAUGCAGACAAAUAAUAAUAAUAAUAAUAAUAAUAAUAAUAAUAAUUGCACAAAACAGGAAUGACCUAUAAUUGAGCACCAGCUGCCCAGAAUUUGGCUGCCCAGUCCAUCCCUUACAGUUCCCAUCAUGCCUGGUCAUUUGUAGCUGAUGGGAUUUGUAGUCCAGAAACAUAUGGUGGGUCACCGAUUCACUCCUUAUUCCUAAAUUGCAUCCUUGCCAGGGUUGUAUUGCAGCAAAAGGAGUUCUUGAGUAGGUGGAAAUACAGAUAAUGUUACAGGUAGUGUUUAAAAGAGAGAAGAGCAGGGAACCCAGAGGCCUUCUGAGAUGGGCAGCCCUCCACUUCUUUUGCAGGAAAUGCACUUUUGAUAUGUUCAACUUCCUGGCAUCGCAACAUCGUGUGCUUCCUGAGGGAGGCCCUUAUGACGAAGAGGAGGAUGAAGUGCAGCUCAAGUCCACCAGGUAAGAAGAUGCCUGGCUUCUGCUGUCCUGAAGUUGGUCAGUCUUGACUCUGUCCCUUCAUAUGGUAGGCUGUGAAAACUCAGCAUUUGGUAAUAUGAAUCUGAUUAGAUAAUACCCAUGCUGCGUGUACUGCCAGGGAAGCUUUUAAAAUCCAAAGUUUCUCCUCUUCAGCCUGUGAAGCUUAUGAGUUAUAAAAUUUCCAAGAGGAUCGUUUUUCUCCAAAGCACUUAGAAGUAGGGGCACGUGUUUCCUUACCCAGAUCUCAUUUCUACUUGAUUAAAAUGCAUUGCUUUCUUGUAGUCAGUUGUCUUUCGGCCCUCUAGCCAGGUUUAUGUAAUAAAGGUGAUUACCUGCUUUCCAGCUCCAGCUUUUUUGCUGCCAAGGAAGCCCGGUGAGCCCAGUCCUCUUCUGUGCACCAGAGAGCACACUCAGGAAGGCAGCAAAUAGUCCAAAUUAGCAUUGACCCAAAAAAGAGAGAGCUCACAUACUACUUCUGCUCCCCGCAGAGAAUAUCCUGGGGAGGGCCAUAGCUCAGUGAUAGAGCAUCGGUUUUGCAUGCAGGUCCCCAGUUCAGUCUCAAGGCAUCUCCAGCUAGGGCGGGAAGAGACCCUUUUCUGAAAUCCUGGAGAGCUGCUGCCAAUCAGUGUGAGCAAUAUUGAGCUAAAUGGACUGAUGCAUAAGACAGUUUCCUACAUUUCAGGAAUUCCUCCCUCCAGAAGGGAAACUUUACUGUCCAUUCCCACAAUUUAUGCCAUGAUGUGGUGCUGCUGCUACUCAAGUUUCCUUCUCCAUCACUUUUAAAACUGUCAUGCUGCACCCUAAACUUCUGAUUUUUGUCCUUGUGAUUCUUGCUGGGAAUCUGUCCAUCUUGAAUCCAUUUUUACACUCUCUUUUGGCAUAAGCUUCUAAGUCUAGUCUGGCCUCCGCUUCUUCCUUAGGCGAGCCACCAGCCUGGAGCUACCCAUGGCCAUGCGGUUUCGGCACCUGAAGAAAACCUCCAAGGAAGCUGUGGGCGUGUACAGGUAACAAAGGCCGCUGCUGCUGCUUGCUUGAAUCCUUGGCCAUGGCCUUCCUACAGAGGCCACUAUGUACAGAGAAGCAGCCCUGCUCCACGCUCGCCUCCAGGAUGAGCCUGAAAAAGAAACAGAGAGUACCCAGUGGCUGGCCCAUCCUUGGCCUGCCUUGUUAACUCUCUUAAUGCUGAUGUGUACCUUUCUCCCCACUCCAGGUCAGCCAUCCACGGCCGGGGCCUGUUCUGCAAGCGGAAUAUCGAUGCAGGCGAGAUGGUGAUCGAGUACUCUGGCAUUGUGAUCCGCUCGGUGCUGACAGACAAGCGCGAAAAGUACUAUGACAGCAAGGUACUGAAUCAAAAGAAUUGUAGAGUUGGAAGGGAACCUCAAGGGUCUUCUGGUCCAAUCUCCUGCAAUGCAGGAAUCUUUUGUCCAACGUAGGGCUCAAACCCACGACCCUAAAAUUGAGAGUCUCAUGCUCUACCGAGCUGAUGGUCAAGGGAGCGGGGAGUCCAUGAUUGAGUUGAGGACAGGGUAUAAAUCAGGCAUAGGCAAACUCGGCCCUCCAGAUGUUUUGGGACUACAACUCCCAUCAUCCCUAGCUAACAGGACCAGUGGCCAGGGAUGAUGGCAGUUGUAGUCCCAAAACAUCUGGAGGGCCGAGUUUGCCUAUGCCUGGUAUAAAUACUACUACUACAACUACAACAACAACUAUUAUUAUUAUUAGCAGGACCAGUGGAGGAGGGAGGAGCUGGGCUCCCCAAAUCGUCUCACUAAUUGAGCUCUCGUUUUCUCAUCCCGCCAGGGCAUAGGCUGCUACAUGUUCCGCAUUGAUGACUUUGACGUGGUGGACGCCACGAUGCACGGCAACGCCGCCCGCUUCAUCAACCACUCCUGUGAGCCCAACUGCUACUCGCGGGUCAUCCACGUGGAGGGCCAGAAGCACAUCGUCAUCUUUGCCCUGCGACGCAUCUUCCGGGGCGAAGAGCUCACCUACGACUACAAAUUCCCCAUUGAGGACGCUGGCAGCAAGCUCCCUUGCAACUGUGGGGCCAAGCGCUGCCGCCGUUUUCUCAACUGA